GUAAAGCGUCUCCUCCCUAGCCUUCGUCAUCUCCGUGGUUCAAAAAGCCCCGUAUUUAUAUCUUCUUUGAGAGUAUGAUGAGCGGCAUUUAAAAAUAAACAAAAAAAAAGAAACGAACAAGUGCGGCGUCAGGUAUGCACAUGGGCCACUCACUCCUUUCUAUAUCUAUGUCCCUCCGGCCGGAAGUGAGCGUGGGCCGACCUAGGCCCCUCAAGUUCUGUGGCCGCGCGACGCUCUAGGCGAGAAGGCGUGGCGGGGACGGGUGGUUGGUCCUCCGAGACAUCCCGGUUUCCGGCCGCCUCCCCAGCCGAGCUGCUUGUGGCUCUCCGCGGCCGUUGCUGCCCCCCCUCCCGCCAGCCAAAGAGGCUCUCGAGGACCCGCCACCCCCUUGCAGGUGAGUCGGGGGGGAGGGGCCCUUCGGGUGGCCCCGCCCCUCGGGGGAAUUGGUGGGGGGGUGUCUCGAAACGGGGAGGGGGGCGACGGAGACCUCUGUUUUGGGCUGGGCGAGAGGAAAUAGGGGAGGGGCACAUCCCUUCUCCUUUCCGAAAAAGGGGGCAGCAUCCAUUGGGGGAGGGGCUGCUAGGCUUAGGGGAGCCCUCUGUUGCUUGCUGAGGGGGGAGGGCUGGAAUUGGGGCUCCCUCCAAGGAGGGGCUUGAGAUGGGGUGGGGGAGGGGCAUGCCUUUCAGGAGGGCUGGGGGGGCUGCGUGCCCCUCCCCCAGACUAGAAGGAUUCUUUAUUUCCCCCCUACCCCAAGGUUGUGCUGGGGGGGGGGUUGGGCUUGGCAGUAAUAUUAUUAUUGCCAUUAUUGCUUUUACCAUUAUUAUUAUUAUGGAGCAAGGUGAAGGGCCUUGGCAGUGUUAUUAAUAUUAUUAUUAAUAACAACAACAAUGUAAUUUGUUUAAUCAUUUAUGCACCUGAGUGUUUAUUUAGAUUAUUUGUACCCAGCCCCAAAGGCGCCCAGAGUGGCUUACCUACAGUCUGUACGGUGUGUGCAAUAUUGCAAGGUAGAGUUGUCCCUGCAGUGGGGCAGCAUGUGGGGGGCAGGUGACAGAGAUCGUGGAGCAUCCCAGUGAAUGAAGAAAGGCAUUCGGAGUUGGUUGUGAUGGGAGGCUGGAGAAAAUGAAGGAUGGGCUUGUUUGGAGUGAAGGAAUGGGAGGACCUGGGGUUUGGGUGGGGGGAACUCCAGUGGGGUUUCUACAGUGGAGGUUGCUUGAAAAUUAGGUACCCUUCCCCUUUUCACUGGUGCAGGUGGAGAGAGGGAAAGUGGGAACUGGCCCUGGUCUUAUAAAUGGAGGCAGGGCUGGGUCAGGUCAGAGACAGUCUUCUGGGGGUGGAGGAGUGUCUUGGAGAUUUGGUAUAAAUGAACAUAAAAUGGAAUAUUGGAGAGGGUUGAAAUUGGUCGAGAUUCUGGCAUGGGAUGGAGGCAGAUUCUGUCCUCUUUUUAUCUCCCCUCCUAAACCUGCCUCUUCCUCUCCUUCCUCUGCUGCCUUUUUAGGGUUUGGAAACUGGGGUGGGGUAGUGCCCCCUCCAUGCAAAGGCCAGUUGAAACCUUCACUCUUUCUUGUUGGGUUUCUCAUCCCAAAUCUUUGUAAUUGGAUUCAGAUUUCCAGGUUGGAAGGGGUGUUCUGAGUCUGACAGAGAGAGAGAGCAUAGCAGAUCAUCCUUGUUCAUUUAAUUUGAACAGGUCCCAAACUAAACCAAAGAGGAAAGGCUUAGAGCAGACUCAAAUGUUUUUCGGAGGAGAGCUUCUACCCAUGCCCCCACCCCCCAGUUUAGCCAGAAGGGCUGGAGAAGCUGGAGUGGUGGACUGGAUUUUUAACCUGGGCCAGAAAUAAAGACUUUUUGCACUGGAAAUCCCUCCUGUUUUGAUUCUGGAAAUACAGGGUGAGUGUUUUAAAAGAGUCCCUGUGGAACAUGCGUAAUCUGUAUCCACGGAGCCUCUUUUAAAGGACUCACUCUGUAUAUGCAGAGGGAAAUGCACUUUGCAGUUUCUCAGAGGGCAGUCUGACCCUUUAUACAUGCUAGGACUAGGAUCUGAUGAGGCCUUGGGAAAUCUAUUCUGCAUCCUUUAUAUCAACAUUUCUGAAUCUUACACAAAUAAAGAUUUGUCCUGUUACAACAUGGAUUUGUUUCCAGGACUACUUGGAACCCACCCCCCUUAAAUUUGAAUGCAUCAGUGACAAAAUUCUGCCUCAGUGUCAGAUUGCAAUUUUGACCCCUGGCUUUGUAUCAUAGCUAGAGAAAUAGAUCAGAUUUCUUCAUGCUGUUAUCAGAAUCUUAAUUUCUGGUCUUUUCUGUGCCAGGUUCACUCACCCUGUUCAUUCACUCAGGCAUUUUAAUUCUGCUUUAAAUCCAGGUUCCUUUAAGUCUUGUAAUUUUUAUUAGUAUUUACCUCCUAUUGCUUUUUGAUUAUUGGAAUCAUGGUAUAUACUGUACUUUUUAGCACUGUUUGUUUCUUUGUAAGCAGCCCAGGUAAUAUUUAUAUAAAUUCAACGAACAAAAAUAAAUUUCCAGUAAAGGAUAUGUAUCUACCUCCCCUCCUCACAGUUCCCAGGAAUUUGGUUUGGCGCAAUAGGUCAUUAGAUGCUCCCCACCUGCCAAAACCACCUUUUGGUCUAUCAGAUCUUGGUUCCUAGAAAAAUGCACUGCCACUGGUGAGGCACCCCUCCUGCUUAGACUGCUGUGGGGUGGCUAGAUGACUCUAUGGGAGGUUUUCCAUCUGUCCCUGGUUUAAAAAACUUGCUCAGGCAUCCCUCCCUACUAAUUUUACCCAGGGAUGGGAAAACAUCUGCAAUCUCGAAAUGCCAGCAUCCUGCAUUAUUGUUGUCAAUUAGAUUUCUAUCUAAUUUCUAUCUAUCUAAAUUUCCCAACCCUUUCUCCCAAAGGAGCCCAGGGCGGCAGACAGCAAAACAAUGCCAUUAAAAUAAAAUCCCAUUUCAAAAUGCUAAUAACCCCUAAACACAUUUUAAGAAAUAAUAAUAAUCACAUAUCUUCACUUUGAAUAAUUUCAGGGUUUCCUGGAACAGUAUAUUUUGGCCGUCAAAGGCCUGGGUGGAUAGGAGUGUUUUAAGUUCCACCUAGAGAGGGCAUUCCAUAGCCACCAUCGCCCACUGGCCUCCCCUACUGAUCAGAAAUAUAAAAUAGUUCUGCAAAUAAAUGAAUUAUGUGAAUUCUUCUAGGGAUACAGGAUGGCCUCAUCCAGAAGUCAGAUAUUUAGUGUCUCUUUGGAAGGCCCUUCCAGCAGAGAUUCAGCAGGCAUCCUUGCUUUUAACUUUCAGGAGUUUCUCUGAAAGAUUUUUUUGUGUGUGCCAACAGGCUAUGCAGCUGUUUAAAAUACUUUUUAUUCAGCCAGUCAUUUUAAUUAUUGUUGUCUACUGCUUUGGAUGAUUUUUUUAAAAAAAAAGUUCCUCUCCCUACAAAAUUUAUACACACCGCUUGAUUGUAGUAAAACUUCUAAGCAGUUCACAAACGAUAUUUAAUUUGCCAAGAAAAAGCAGGUAAAAUUGUUUUAAAAUAAUUAGAAUUAAUGGUGAAAGAGAUUAAAACACAUCUGUGUGUCUGGAAAGACUUACCUCAACAAUUUCAUUUUAAACAGGCAACCUACCUGAUGUUGAUAGACAGGAAGUUCUGAAGUGUUGGUACGACCAUACUGGAAGAUCGAUUUCCUACUUAUUUUUAAAAUCAUUUUUAUUUAAUACAAAUUUUAUAUUGCUCUAUGCCACCCUGAUAUUUUAUGAGAGGGUGGGGUGUGUGUAUGUAUAUAUGUAUGUUUAUAUGUAUAUAUGUAUAUAUAGGGCAGGAUUUGAAUGCAAAAAAAAGAAUGAGUGAAUAACAUGACAGUGCCAAAACUUACGGAAAGACUGGGCAAAAAGGUGAUGGAUUAUGGAUAUGGGUGGAUUUCUGUGUGACCCUUUGUGAAUAUAGGAUUAAAAAUGGAGAAACAGAAUACCUCUCUCUGACAGGUGCUAGAAAAAAGCAGGAGAUGUCUGUGAGAGCCGCCUGGGAUCUUCCAGUGGGUUUCUGUUGAUAAAAGUGCUCUUAGAUGGACUUUUGGUCUGACCCAGGAGAGUUUUUCUUUAAUGCUUCAAAUUGAUAAAGUUCCCUCUUACCUAAUUCUCAGAGCAUCCGGAAGAGUAUAAAGCCUAAUUCUUAAAUGUAUUUUGAUAAUUGUAUUAUGUCUGCUCUUCUCUAAAGAACUAUUUUGUACCAUUUUAUGUAAACGGCAUAAGGUUUUAUUAUUAUUAUUAAGCAUUAAAAUAUUGCUAUAUUGUUUGUUUCCAGGUGUGAUAAGAACUUGAAAUCAUGACGGACUCCAAAUAUUUCACCACCAAUAAAAAAGGUUAGAUUCCACUCAUUAAUGUGAUAUUGCAGCUUGUUUCUAGAGAUACCUAGGUUGCGGGGGGGGGCAGGAUUUGGGAAUGAUGCAGAUGUGGUUCAAAAGCCUAGGCAGCAUGCUAGAUCACAUGGAGGCUCUUCCUUCCAUGCCACCUCUCUUUCCACUGGGUUUGAGGGAAACGUGUUGGCAGCCAUCCUAUAAAACCAUCGCCGAGUCCGUGUCUGCAGAAUAUUAGGUUUUGCUGAAUCAGUCUCCGUUUCAGUUCUUGGGAAAUGUUCUAGAUGGAUUCUAAAGCAAUUUUCCUGCUGUUUAGGUUGAAUAUAGUAGUAGUAGUAGUAGUAGUAAUAAUAAUAAUAAUAAUAAUAAUAAUAAUAAUAUAAUAUAUUUAUACCCCAUCCAUCUGGCUCGGUUUCCCCAGAGUGGCUGAGUGGCUUCCAACAAAAGAUUAAAAAUACAUUAAAACAUCAGUCAUUAAAAACUUCCCUGAACAGGACUGCCUUAUCUAAACGUCAGAUACAGUAGUUGUUAAUUUCUUUGACAUCUGAUGGGGGGGAUUUCCACAGGGCGGACGCCACUACCAAGAAGGCCCUCUGCCUGGUUCCCUAAAACUUUGCUUCUCUCAGGGAGGGAACUUCCAGAAGGCCCUCGGAGCUGGACCUCAGUGUCCGGGCAGAACGAUGGGGGUGGAGAUGCUCCUUCAGGUAUACUGGGUAUACUGCAUGAUACCUGAGCGGUGGGGAAUUCCUUUUCCUGGAAGAGGGGGCUAUUGGUGGCAUUAGCCAUGAUGGCUAUGCUCUGCUGCCACAGUUGGAGGCAUGCUUUCUGAAAUACCAGUUGGUGGAAGCUGCAGGAGGGCAAAAUGCUGUUGUGCUUGGAUUCUUGUACAUUUCCCACAGGCGUCUGGUUGGCUGCUUUGAGAAGAGGGUCCUUGGCUAGAUGGGCCAUUGGCCCAAACCAACAGGAGUAAUCAUUAUGCCAUAUUAUUUCUGUACACUGUGGCUCUCUCUCACGGCCUCACAUUUCAUUUUAGGGGAGAUCUUUGAACUGAAAGCGGAGCUCAACAAUGAGAAGAAGGAGAAGAGGAAAGAAGCUGUGAAGAAGGUCAUUGCUGCCAUGACCGUGGGGAAGGAUGUCAGGUAACACUCAUAUAUAUAUUUAAAUUUUCUGUUUUACAAUUUAAAGUAAUCAUUUUUACAUCAUUACGAUAUCAAUGACUUCGCUCCUUCUCUUUCUGUGGUUCAUUUUACAUAUCAUAAAUCCCUGCAUAUUUUACAAAAACCAUACCGUUCUGUAUUCCAUUAUUACAUCCAUCAAAGCUUAUUUACACUGUUGGAUUUAUCUUAAUGCUGCCAGCGUUUUCAGCUGUACACAAUUAUUUCCCAUAUAUUCAAUAAAUGUUUUCCAGUCUUCUCUAAAUGUAUGUUCUUCUUGUUCUCUUAUUUUAUAUGUUAAGUCUGCAAGAUGCACAUAUUCUGCCAACUUAAGUUGCCAUUCUUCUUUGGUUGGGACCUUGCUCAUUUGCCAUUUUUGAGCUAACAAAACAUGGGCCACAGUAGAGGCAUACAUAAAUAACCUUUCUGACACCUGGGGAUUUCAAUCUGAAUUAUCCCCAACAGAAAGGACUCUGGUUUUUUUGGGAAAGUACAUUUGAACAUUUUUUUCAAUUCAUUAUGUAUCAUUUCCCAAUAUGCUUUUACCCAUAAGGUAACACCCCUUUCCCUCUCUUUCUGUCUCCGCAGUGCUGGAGCCCUCUAGCAGGGAUGCAGGAAGCUGCGUCUCUCCUCCAGCCAUUGCUGCCAUCCAGCUCCCAUCAGCCCCAGUGCACCGUGCCCAGUCACUAGGGGUGAGGGGAGUUUUAGUCCAGCAACACUGGGAGAGCGGCAGGCUCCCCACCCCUGGUCCAUGUGUCUGGGACUCUUUGCUGUCAUGGAGGAAGCAAUCUCUGGGCAUACUCAGGGGAAAAUGUUCCUCCUCUAAAGAUUGUUGAGAUUCCAGCUCCCAUCAGCCCCAACACAUCAUGGGCAGUCCAGCAAAAACAGGAGGGUCAUACGAUCCCCUAUUGCCAAAUUCUGUAGGGCAGUUGGUAGUGGUGGCGAACCUCCAGCCCAUGGGCUGAAUCAGGCCUGCCAGGCUGUUUUGGCCCAGCCACACCCACCAGCUUGCAAGUCUGACCUGAGACCCUGAGUUAGGUCUCCACGCUUCAGUUUUUCCUCCGUUGGGGCCGGCCCUACUGUUAGGCAAUGCAGAUCUGUUUUAAAAGUGUGUUUUAUGUUUGACUGCCUUUGGUAAUGUUUUCUUUCAAACUGUUUAAGGUCAUUAUAUUUCUUAAACGUGCAUUCAGUAGUUGAUCUCUUCUGCAGUGUUUUGUUUUGAAAUCUUUAAGAUAGUAUUUGACUUUCCUGUUAAUUACGUUGCUUUGAAUGUAUACUUCAGCAAUGUUUAAUUAGAUGUUUUAGUGUGUCGUUAAACCGCUUUGAGAUUUAUUCCUUUAAAAUGUAAAUAAAUAUUCCCAAUAAUAAUAAUAAUAAUAAUUUGCUUGGAAUAUUGGAGGUCUGCUUCCAGUUUCAGGGUUCCUGCUUCAACUCAACAUUCUCCUUCCCUCCCUCUCUAUCUAUCAUCUAGCUCCCUUUUCCCAGAUGUAGUGAACUGCAUGCAGACCGACAACCUGGAGCUGAAGAAGCUGGUCUACCUGUACUUGAUGAACUAUGCCAAAAGCCAGCCGGAUAUGGCCAUCAUGGCAGUCAACAGUUUUGUGAAGGUAAUGGGGGCAGUUGGGAAAAUAUGGGUGCUUUAAUUUUACUACAUGCCAGCAAAGUGCCAGUUGUCGCGAUGGCCGGGUUGCAUGCAGAAGGAACCCCGAUGUUAUGAUGACAUCCUUAUAGGCAGCAUGUCCUCCGACUGCUCAGUGAAAGAGCAUCGCAAGUUCAAGCCUCAGUAUCUUCAGGCAGGGCUGCACAUCUUUAGGAGAAUGGCUUUAUUUAAUAAAAUCUAUAUACUGCAUGAUUUAAGCGAAAAAAAGACCUCAGAGCGGUUUACGAAAAGAAUGAAACAGUAAAAUACGAACAAUUAAAAAGGCCUUUUUGAAACAUUCGGCGAAUAAUUAAAAAGUCAAAGGUUAAAUCAAGGCAGGUUACAACACAUGUCAACAUUUUGCAAAUCUGGGUAGGGUCAUCUAGGCAAGAUGGUUUUAGUAAAGGUAAAGGGACCCCUGUUAGGUCCAGUCAUGGCCGACUCUGGGGUUGCAGCGCUCAUCUUGUUUUAUUGGCCAAGGGAGCCGGCGUACAGCUUCCGGGUCAUGUGGCCAGCAUGACUAAGCUGCUUCUGGCGAAUCAGACCAGCGCAUAGAAACACCGUUUACCUUCCCGCCGGAGCGGUACAUAUUUAUCUACUUGCACUGGCGUGCUUUCGAACUGCUAGGUUAGCAGGAGCAGGGACUGAGCAACGGGAGCUCAACCCAUCAGGGGGAUUCGAACAGCCGACCUUCUGAUCGGCAAGUCGUAGGCUCUGGUUUAACCCACAGCGCCACCCGUGUCCCAAGAUUGUUUUAGCAGGUGUUAAAAAGAGUACAGUAAAGGUGCCUGUCUGGUGUCAAUAGGCAGGGAGUUCCAGAGCGUCUGUGUGGCCACACCAAAGGUGCGGAACAGGUAUUACAUGCCAGCAGAUUGAAAUGGUUGAGUGGGCAUAUACAGGGUAAGGCAAUCUCACACGUAAAAUGAUCCCAAGUUCCUAAGGGCUUGAUACACCAAUAGUAACACCUUGACCUUGCCCAGGUAGCAAACUGGCAGCCAGUGCCAUUCUCUGAGCAGAGGCGUUGCAUGUUGACAUGGCCUCACUCCUGCCAGCAGUCGUGCCGCAGCAUCCCGCCCUCGCUGCAGCUUCCAGGCCAAGCGCAAGGGAAGCCCCACAUAGAGCACAUUGCAGCAGUCCAGCCCUGAAGCAACUUGAUUGCGUCCCAGGAAGUGGCGGGACUCAAACUCUCUCGCUCUGGGGGAGUGAAACUGCACAGAACACCUUUGUGACGACCUGCUUCUCUCCCCCCCCCCAGGACUGCGAAGACCCCAACCCUCUCAUCCGUGCGCUGGCGGUGCGCACCAUGGGCUGCAUCCGCGUGGACAAAAUUACCGAGUACCUGUGUGAGCCGCUCCGCAAGUGCCUGAAGGACGAGGACCCCUACGUGCGGAAGACGGCGGCCGUCUGCGUGGCCAAGCUGCAUGACAUCAACGCCCAGAUGGUGGAGGACCAGGGCUUCCUGGACUCCCUUCGCGACCUCAUUGCAGACUCCAAUCCCAUGGUAAAUAAAGUACUCCUCCCGCAGGGGACGCUUCCUUGAUGCUUGGCAUAAUGUUUCUCGGCUAACGCAAGUGUGUAUGUGCGCAGGAUUGUGGCGCUGUGUAGCUCAGCGCCAGAGCACCUGCAUUCCGUGCAGAAGGCCUCAGGAUCGGUCCCCAGCGGCAUCUCCAAGUGGGGAUGUCUGAAACCCUGUCGGUCAUUGUGGCCAGUGCUGAGCUAGAUGGACCACUGGUCUGACUCAGCACAAGGCAACUUCCUAUGUUCCUGUUUCAAGCCUUUACUCAGAACAAUGAGAACUAGAAUCAUGCUUGGGUACAGGUUUGAAAAGAGUUGUGUCUGAAAUCCUGGACAGCCACUGUUGGUCAAUGUAGGCCAGGGUUUCCCAAACGUGGGUCUUCAGCUGUUUUUGGACUACAAUUCCCAUCACCACCUGACUACUCGUCCUGCCAGCUAGGGAUGAUGGGAGUUGUAGUCCAACAACAGCUGGAGAACCAUUUUACAUUAUGGUUCCUGAGACCAAGGAGGAGGUUUUUGACUGUUUGGGUACAGGCAGAGACCAUUUUGAAUUAAGAUGAUAGACAGCACUGAUUUUUAACCACUGGUUUUGAAACUGCACAAGUUUCCUUGCCCCUUAGAAUUCACAAGUGAGGUCCGAUGUGUGGCUGCUGGUUAUCAGUAGAACAAUUCCAUGUGAAAUAUUAGAACGUAAACACCCAUAAUGAAAAGAUGCAAUAGAAACGAUCGUAUUAAAGCAACAUGGCAGACACAGGUUGAGAGAUCAGGGGCCUACCUGUCUGAACAGGUGUGUCUUCAAAAGUUAUGAGGAUGUCUCUACAGGGGCGCCUUCUGCCAACUGGGAUGGCAGCUGCCAGCUCUUCUGGGUUAGGACCAGGGAGAAGUGCUCUUGUUCCAGUAGGGUCAAGUAGAUUGAAUCCCCAUAGGGAUUUGGGGAGUCAGUGAUGGCGUUGGUUGGUCAUGAUCUCAUCUACCAUGGGGUGCUGAGAUAGAUGCCUGCCCACCCCUGCUGGCAAACAGAAUUAAUCCCCCAACACCAGGGAACUUUACAUUUGGACGUUUGGUGGUGGGGCCUUUAGUCAACCCCUUAAUCUCCAAAUCUUGAUGCGUGUGCACAGGUCAUAGUUGGUCUGUGUGCAGAGUCCCUGCUUACAGGCUGUCAGAUUUUUGGGAUCAUCUCCAAUUUACCAGACUCUCAUGUGUUCAUUUGGGUAAUCAUCUGUGGCAGGAAACAAGCCUUUGAGAUGACCAGCAGGUAAGCAGAGAGCACCCUUCUCCGGGCAGGUUAUAUCCAGAUUGGCGAGGAGGGCGGUUUGUAGUCUAAAACAUCUGCAGGGAAGGCUGGUCUGGAUUAUCUAAAGGCCUAGCCUCUAAGGUCUCCCCAAAGGGCUGAAUGCAGCUGCUGUGGGCAGACUUUUCUAAUGCCCUGCCUUGAAGGCUCCUGAUAACUCACCAUGUUAAGUUACUAGCUUCAAAUACAUCCAGUUCUGACCAGGCCAGUCAAAGCAAGUUAGGGCCAGAAUUGCCAUCGAGAACAGAUUCCCAAACCUCCUCUCCCUUUCUUGUUGCGCGUAGUUGGUGGUGGUGGAGGUGACAUCUGGUUGCAGCCCGUUCAUCCUGGGGUGUUUGUGCCAUUGUCCGGGUUUCCCACUUUCUGGGCCCGUAAUGGAACAAAUGGACCGGAAUGCCAAUCCCGCCGGCUUGAGCCUCUCUUGAUAGUGAUGUAUUUGCUGGCCAAGUGCCAGAGUCCCUUCCACAAACAAGGAACCUCAGGACGAUCUGUUCUGAAUUUGAUCUUCUGGUUUUUCCUGAGACAAUGGCUCCGAAAGUGUCUGACUUUGCUGCCCUCACAUUUUGCUGGAAGCUGCUGCUUCUCUCCCCCCGGCCAGCCCUUUGCUAGGAAAUUAGAUGCCUUUCUGGCUUUUGAAAGGCAGCAUUCCAAGCUGGUUCUGUUCAGACCUCCUCCCAUGAAUAUUGAUGGUUUCUCAGAGACGCAGUGUUCUCGCCAAAGCAACUGUCUCCUUAUGUUGGGGAGUGUAAAAAGAAUGCCUUUUCUAUGUCUUAAGUCUUUAUUUAACUGUCACCAGGUUAAAAAAGCCCUAUUUAUAUACAACCCCUGAAAUGCCAAGACAAAAAUCCUACAGCAAAAAGGUGAAAAUCUGUGUUGCUGUCCUGUGGGGACUCAAUUUUUGGGCAUUGCGAAAGACGGAAGCGUCCUAUUAAAGCUGAGAACGUGGACGUUUUGCAGGUUGAGUGCAGGGGAUCCAGUCAUUUUGCUGAAAGCAGCAGUGUGGUAGAGCGGUUAGAGUGAUGGAAUGAGAAGAGGGAGACUGAGGCCCAAAUUUUCUCUGAGCUUUACAGCUUACAAGGUAACCUUAGGUCAGUCUCUGUCUGCCUAUCUUAGCCUUGCCUGCCUCACAAGAGUGUUCAGAGGGUAUGAUGGGAGGGGAGAGAACAAUGUAUGCCACUUUAAGCUCCUCGGAGGAAAGGUUGGGAUAUUAAUUUAAUGAAUAACAACAGCAACAACAACAACAUACCAGCAACUUGAAAAGGUGAAGCUUGUGAAGUGAGCACAGGUUGACUGUUAAAACCUGGGGAUUUGUGUCUCCCCAUUGGCUGAACUGCAGUGAUGUCACAGAAGCCCCGGGGGGAAUGAGAGAUGGCCAGAGAAGGGCGAGAGUGUUCUUUAUCUAGUGUUUUUGAGCAUCCAAAGCCUUUUGCGAACCUCAUCCUAUUGGAAUCCCUGAAACGGCCUUGUGAAUUGGGCCAGUAUUAUUAUUUCCCAUGUUGUGCAUGAGAAAUGACGCGGUUUGCCAGAAGCGAAAUGUACUUUAGGGGAGGGCAUGUGUGUUCUGAUUGGUGGCCCAUUCUGCUAUCCGCUGUGCCACACCAGCUUCCAAGAGAAAAAGGAGAAGGCCUCGGGUUGCACCCCUCAUGCGGAGAGCAAACAACAUAGCAGCAGGAAGGCUGGGAAGCCCCAGGGGGUCAAUGGAGGCCCUUGUCUAUAACCCAAGUCUUCCUUGUCAGAGUCUGCAACUGGUUCCCGAAAGCCGGAUGCACUUUGGGCCGUUUCUCCUGUAGCUGUGGAAGACGAGCCACAAGGGGGCAGCACAAGGCAGGAGAUGCAGUUUUGUUCUAGCUGGAGGGGGCCGUAGGGGGGGGGGGCCGGCAGUGCAAUUCCAGGGACUUCCUUGUUUGACUUUCUUUGAUGGUGGGCCACUUUAAAGGAUUAGACAGAAACAAGAAAACCUCUAGCACAUCUGCAGAGCUAAGCAGGGUCUGAUAACGGUUUCAGAUUGGAUGAGGGACUGCGCGUUAAGAUUUCUGCAUUGCGGGGGGUUGCCCUUGAUGACCCGCGGGGUCCCUUCCAGCUCUACAGCUCUGUGAUUCUUUGAUGGAUGGCUGCUGGCCGCGAUGGCAGUGCUCUGCCUAAACAGUUUGAGGAAGCGAUGCUUCAGAAUACCAGUUGCUGGAAAACGCAGGAGGGGAGAGGACUGCUGUGCUCAGGUCUUGCUUGCUACUGUGAGAACAGGAUGCUGGACUAGGUGGGCCAUCCAGGAGGUUCUUCCUAUGUCCUUAUCUCUGUGCCCGAGAUCCUGAAUUGUUGGCGGUCAGAGUGAUCAUGCUGGACCAAGCAGACCAGAAGGCCUGGCUUGUUUCAAAACAGAAGAAGAAGAAGAAGAGUUUGGAUUUGAUAUCCCGCCUUUCACUCCCUUUAAGGAGUCUCAAAGUGGCUAACAUUCUCCUUUCCCUUCCUCCCCCACAACAAACACUCUGUGAGGUGAGUGGGGCUGAGAGACUUCAGAGAAGUGUGACUGGCCCAAGGCCACCCAGCAGCUGCUUGUGGAGGAGCGGAGACGCGAACCUGGUUCCCCAGACUUACGAGUCUUCUGCUCUUAACCACUACACCACACUGGCUCUCUAGAUUCCUAGGUCCUACCGGAAAUAGAUCACUUGUGGCUAUUCCUCCCACUUUGGGCGUGGGCAUGUUCUGAAAUCUGAGGAACUGGAGAUGGCUGCCUGGUCGGGGAGGGGGGUUAUACCUGACCUCCUCUCCCCUCUGGUACAAAGACGCAGUGUGGUGAGUCCCUAGGUAGCCGUGGGCAGGCUGUUGAACCCUCCCCGUCCCUGUUCCCCCACCUGCAGAUCUGCUGCAGAACAAAACAGUCAAACGCACCCCCUUAACCUUUCACUUCUGCCGCUCUUAUUUUUAACGCCAAACGAAAGCAGCUCUUUGCAAGGGGUCCAUUGUCUGGCAUGUUCUGUUCUUCUUGCUGCUGUGAUCUUUUCUCUCUCUCCCCCCCUCCUUUCCCAGAAUCAUUUCGACAUCCUUUGUUGACUGCCACAUUAUUAUUUUUUUAAGUGAAAACCUUUACUUUUCCACCCUCCUGCUUUUCUUUUUCUUCUCUGCUGUAAAAAAAAGAAGCAAAACCGAUGCCAAAAAACAGCACGGCUCCAAAUCCAGGAGAGCGGUGUGGGCCUCUUUCCAGAUAUUGUUGGAUUGCAGAUCCCAUCCAUUCUGGCAAGCAUCAGGGCGCAGCGAUGGCACCAGCAGGUUCUGGACAAAAGCAUUUUCUGAGAUCUCAUUGGAAAAGGAUUCACUCCCCCCUUCCCUGGCUUGCCUCUUCUGAAUUUGUAGAUUCAGAUGGAGACCUCGUCUGGCAUCUUUUGACUGCUCCCCGGGCCGCAAUCGCUAAGCUUUGGAAGACUUUUGAGCUCAAUAAUCCGGGCUAUUUUAGUAUCCUAAGACUUGGCAAAUCUUGGAAAAAGAAUCUCACAUGAGCUAAAACGUUUUGUGGGCCAAAGAGCUCAAAAUGACUUCUUUGCCACUUGGCCUCAUUUCAUUUCAUCUGCAAAUAUAGCGGAGAGCUGCUGCCAGUCAGUGUAGACAGCGCUGGGCUAGAUGGAGCCCAUGGUCUGACUUGGUACGAGGCAGCUUCCUACGUUCCCAUUAUGCAGAAACAUGAGGACUAGCAUCACACUUCAUUUUCAGAGGAAGGACCAUAGCUCAGGGGCUUUGCAGGCCCUGGGGUCCAGUCCCUGGUGGCAUCUGCAGAGAGGGCUGGGAAAGACUCCCUCCCUGGCACCCUGGAGAAGGGCUGCCAGGCAGCAUAGAUGCUGAUAUGAACAGGCUCUGUCUAAGGCAGCAGAAGGGUGUUUAUGUGCUGCUCAGCACCGCAGAGCCAGCCUCACCUUUAUUUGCCACCCUCUCCCUAACCAUCUUUCCUCCUCCACCUCCUGGUGCUGCCUCCAUCCACCUCCUUCCCUUCCUGGCACUUAACAGGUGGCUGAGUCUAAGAUUCAGGGCCUCUAAAUGGCAGGCGCAUUCCCCUCCAUUAGCCACAUUCCACACUUGGUUUAAUUUCCAAUUAGCCUUGGAUAAUAACAAAAGUAAUCUAAUUGCUCUUCCUCCUGGUGUCCCGGAUCCCCUCCUGCUUUCCCCGUCUAUCACAUUUCCCCCUUCUCUGCUUGAUGGAGAGAGACAGGCUUCUUUCUCCCUCCUCUCCCUUCCACCCCCCACCCCCUUGUUCAUUAAGUCAUUUUAUUCACUGCUGAAUUGGCAGUGAAGGAUCGUUCACGUCCCCAGUUUCUCUCUCACACACAAACCCACGUCGCUCUGAGCUGGCACUCUUUGGAAUUAAAAAAUAACAAUGCUUAGGGAGCCAAGAAUGCUGCUCCUUCCACAUGUUUGGGGCUAAUUUUUAUUUUUAUUUUUAAAUAGAGGUUCUGGGGCUCAAGCCUACUUUUUUUUUGGCAAAGAUUUUUUUUUAAUUGUAUUUUAUGUUAUAAUGCAUAUAAAACAGACAGGACUGUUAUAUAGCAACAGAAGAAAAUUAACAGAUAAAAAAAAGAAACCAUAAAGGGGGCAUGUAGAAUAAGCACAGUUCCAUAUGGGUUAAGUAACAAAGCCCAAAUAGUGAAAGGAAAAAAAAUGGAGAACAAAUGUUGCCUUUGCAUAAAGGAAGAAUAUUUGUGUUAUUUGAACAUUGAGGAUUGUUCCAGAUUUGCCAGGCUUGCAGCGAGGGUUGUAUUGAAAAUGAUGGUCCUUACAACACCCCUGUGAGAGAGGUUUGGUCUGAGAGAGGCAGGGACUGGCCCAGCUCACCUAGUGAGUUGCAUGGCCGAGUCGGGAUUUGAACCCUGGUCUCCCAGGUCCUGGUCUGACACUCUUAACCAUUACAGCGCCCUGAGUGGAACCACCUUUCUUUCUCUCUCUCUCUCUCUCUCUCUCUCUCUCUCUCUGCCACCCACAUGAAAUUAGGUUGAGGAUCCUGUGAGAUCCUGUGAGGUCGAGGGUCACAAAUGGUCAGCCCCAAUUCUACUCCCAGAUAACUGUGGACUGGUUUUACUUGGAGUUUUGCUGGUGUGCAUAAUUGCUUUAUAUAUGCUCAGAGACUAUCUUGCUUCUUUAUAUAAUUCCAAGUUUAGCCCUUUGGUUCUGCAUUAAAACGCCUCCACAAAAUCUCAGCCAAGAUUUCGAAAGCAUGGAUUGUUCCUUUCCCCUUCCCUCUUGCAGGUGGUGGCCAACGCUGUAGCUGCAUUGUCCGAAAUCAGUGAAUCUCACCCGAACAGCAACCUGCUGGACCUGAAUCCCCAGAACAUCAAUAAGCUGCUCACUGCUCUGAACGAGUGCACUGAGUGGGGACAGAUCUUCAUCUUGGACUGCCUCUCCAACUACAACCCAAAGGAUGACCGUGAAGCCCAGAGGUAUGUGGGCCUCGGAUUGCAGACCCCUGUCCCUUAGCUCCACUUGCUUCCUCCUGGCUCAGCAGCUUCACAUCUGUGGGCAGAGGCAUGUGACGCCUCUAGAGUAAUAUACAUUUGACUUGUGGAGCCCCUUGCUGCAGGAUUCUUGUAACAGACACUGGGGAAAGCAUGGAAAUAGCCAUGGAGGAUGUCAGCAGCUGAAACGCAGUCUCUCACUUCAUAUGACUUGCCUUUUAAAAUAAGAAAAUAAAAAUAAAAAUAAGAUAAUUAACUUAAAGAAAGGAGAGGGAACCUCAGGAAAGAAGGCUGCCAACAUAUUAAGGGGGUUCAAGUUCAGAUUUCAAAUCACCGUAAAAAUUGACCUGUCAAUUUCACAUUUUUGUUGGUGGUAUUUGCUAUAAAUACCGUAUUUUUCGCCCUAUAGGACGCACUUUUUCCCCUCCAAAAAUGAAGGGGAAAUGUGUGUAUGGGGUGAAUGCAGGCUUUCGCUGAAGCCUGGAGAGCGAGAGGGGUCGGUGCGCAGGCUCUCCAGGCUUCAGGAAGCUAUCCGCAAGCCUUGGGAGCCCGCGAGAGUUCCCGCCGGGCUCCCAAGGCUUGCGGAUAGCAGCCUGUUCUGGGGGCUGGGGUCGGGGGAAGCUCAGGCUUCCCCCGCCCCAGCCCCGUGCUUGGGGGGGAAAUAAUUUUUUUUCUUUAUUCCCCCCCCCAAAAAAAACUAGGUGCGCCCUAUGGGCCGGUGCGCCCUAUGGGGUGAAAAAUACGGUAAUAAUGGGAUGUGAAACCCCUGUAGCUCUGUAAACUUACAGGUUUCUUUUUUACAAUCUUUUUUAUUGAUUUUCAAAAAUAUAAGCAUACAACAUAAAACAAUUCAAAAUCCAAAUAUCGAGAUUGCUCUGAAUCUCCUGACUUCCCCCCAUCCCUUCCAUGGGUCCUUUAGAUUCUGUUUUCAACUGCAUAUCAAUACUUCUCCAUUUUUUUCAUCUUCCUAGGUUAUCUAUACAUUCUUGUUACAAGUGUAUUUAAAACCCUGCUAGUGUUUCGACCAGCUUACAAUGAUUUUGUAUAGACAUUAUGAACAUUUCCCCUUCUUUUUAAAAUUUCCCGUCUUCCUGAUUCCCGAGCUUUUGCCAUUUCGGCAUAGUCCCAUCAACUUGGUUUGCCAAACUUGCAGGCUUCAAAAUGCAACUGUUGAUGUGCAUUAAGGCAGGCUUCUAGUUAAAGGGCUGGAGAAAGCUGGCUGUGCAACAGGAAGUGUCAGGGCUGUUGGUGCAACCCGGUGCAAGAACCUCGCUGUCUUCCUGCCUCUCCUCUUGCCGUCCUGCUAGCCCGACUUGUACACCCUUCAGGAACUUAACUUAGCACUAUGUUGAGUUACUCCCAGCGUUUUCCGGGUGUAUCCUGAAUCUCGGUCCCCUUCCUGUCUCCCCCCCGGCAGCAUCUGCGAACGAGUCACUCCCCGCCUCUCUCACGCCAACUCCGCCGUGGUGCUGUCGGCUGUCAAGGUGCUGAUGAAGUUCCUGGAGCUCCUCCCCAAGGAUUCUGACUACUACAACAUGCUGCUGAAGAAGCUGGCCCCGCCGCUGGUCACCCUGCUGUCCGGGGAGCCCGAGGUCCAGUAUGUCGCCCUGAGGAACAUCAACCUGAUCGUGCAGAAAAGGUUAGAGGGGCAGCUUGGGGAAACUCUUCCACCUGGACGGCUGCCUCCCUUCUUUGUGGCCAAUCAGUUACCGUAUUUUUCGCUCCAUAAUACGCACUUUUUUCCUCCUAAAAAGUAAGGGGAAAUGUGAGUGCGUCUUAUGGAGCGAAUGAUGCUGCGCAGUUCUCCCUCUCUGCACAGCGCCUCUCCUGCGAAGCCGGAGCAGGAACAGAAGGGGCUCCUUCCGUUCCUCCUCCCGCUUGGCUGAAGGGGCGCUGCGCAGUUCUCUCUUUCUGCGCAGCGCCCCUUCAGCAAAGCGCCUCUCCUGGCUUCAGUGUGGUGUAGUGGUUAAGAGCGGUAGUCUCGUAAUCUGGGGAACCGGGUUCGCGUCUCUGCUCCUCCACAUGCAGCUGCUGGGUGACCUUGGGCCAGUCACACUUCUUUGACGUCUCUCAGCCCCACUCACCUCACAGAGUGUUUGUUGUGGGGGAGGAAGGGAAAGGAGAAUGUUAGCCGCUUUGAGACUCCUUAAAGGGAGUGAAAGGCGGGAUAUCAAAUCCAAACUCUUCUUCUUCUUCUUCUUCUUCUUCUUCUUCUGCCUUAGCGAUGCACAGCCUCUUCAGGUCGGGGAAGCCUUCAUCCCACUGCCCUGAAGAGGCUUGACGCGGCUAUCCCAGAAGCCAGAACAGCCAGAGGCUAUCCCAGAAGCCAGAUCCGUCUUGCUGUUCUGGCUUCUGGGAUUCAUAAUUUUUUUUCUUGUUUUCCUCCUCCCAAAACUAGGUGCGCCUUAUGGUCUGGUGCGCCUUAUGGAGCGAAAAAUACGGCGAUUGCAUUUCUAGCCCACCUUAUUCCCCAGGGAGCUCUAGGUAGAUCCAUGGUUCUUUUUUCCUAUCCUCACAACAACCCUGUGAGGUAGGCUAGGCUGAGAAGCAGUGACUGAUACCCUGUCCCUCCAAGGUCACACCCAGUGAGCUUCAAGUCUGAGUGGGGAUUUAAAUCAUUUAUCUUUCCUCUCUCAAAUAAAGCCUGAUGGAGUGGCUCCCUCUUGGUGACAGAGACAUGCACGCAUCCCAGCUUUUGGCAGUGGCUUUGCCUCUUUACGAGGAGUCCCUAAGUGGGUGGGGGGCGGCUGUUCACACAGCCUGACGUCAUCCCUGUUUAAGGCACCUGCUGUGUGUGAGAUGUGUAUUUUUAGGAGCCACCCUGUUUUUGUGAUUGUAAGUUGUUUUAAAUGUAUUAUUUAAAUGUUAGUAUUUUUAUUGAAAAAAAAUUCAAUCACAAAGGAAAAAAGGGGGAAGGGGGGGAGAAAAAAGAAAGAGAAAAAUAUAUAUACAAAAAUGAAAUAUAUACUACCAGACAUUCUUAUAUAGAUUGCUAAAGUGUUAUUACCCUAUUAGGUAUGUGGUUGUUAAUAGCCUUCUGCAUUCUGUAUAAGCUCAUUUCAAAUGUUGUCAUGUUGAUCCAAACAAAGUCUACAUCUGUAAGCAGUCCGUUCAUAAGUUGCAGGUGUUGUCAUAUUGUCAGUCCAUUGAUUAAAGGGUAUCAUAUCUUUAUUCUUUCAAUUAAUUAGUAUCAGUCUCUUAGCCAGCAUUAGUGCACAAAGAAUCCAUUUUCAUUGUCCCCUUGUUAAUUUCCAUACAAUAGCUAUACAGUUCACAUGUAAAACGUUGUGUUUUAAACAGUUGUAACCCAUCCUGGGAUAGGGACGUGGGUGGCGCUGUGGUCUAAACCGCUGAGCCUCGGGCUUGCCGAUUGGAAGGUUGGCGGUUCAAAUCCCCACAGCGGGGUGAGCUCCCGUUGCUUUGCCUCAGCUCCUGCCAACCUAGCAGUUUGAAAGCACGCCAGUGCAAGUAGAUAAAUAGGUACUGCUGCAACGGGAAGGCGUUUCUGUGCGCUCUGACACUCGUCAGGUGUCCCGUUAUGCCAGAAGCAGUUUAGUCAUGCUGGCCACAUGACCUGGAAAGCUGUUUGCGGACAAAUGCCGGCUCCCUUGGCCUGAAAAGUGAGAUGAACAUAGUUGCCUUUGACUGGACUUACCGUCCAGGGGUCCUUUACCUAACCCACCCUGGGACCUUGAGGUGAAGGGCUGGUGAUAAGUUAAUAACAACAAUAAUAAAUUGUGCAUGCAUUCCCUUCCUCAGACCUGAAAUCCUGAAGCAGGAGAUCAAGGUGUUCUUUGUGAAGUACAACGACCCCAUCUAUGUCAAGCUGGAGAAACUGGACAUCAUGAUCCGCCUGGCAUCGCAGGCCAACAUUGCUCAGGUCAGCUCUGGGGGGCCAGGGGAUACCUGACUUGGUGUGUGUGUGUGUGUGUUCUACAGAAUAACAAACAUGGGAAGCUGCAAUCUGCAGUUAAUAUCAUUACAAGAUUGCUUCUCCACUAACCUCGCUAGGAACUACAGGCUUGCAACGUAAAACAACACAGCACACAAGGAAAAGGGACAGGGAGGGAAGAAGAAGAAAAAUCAACACCGGGCACCAAUUCUUAAAAGGUUGUUCUUAUAAUGAGCGGGUGGCACAGUUCAGUGUAAGAGAUGCCUGAUGGAGCUGGGCUUUUGGCAAAGCUGAUGGAGUGAGCCUUCUGUCUUUUGGAGCCUGAGGCAGUCUGGGUGCCCCCAGGUGACAAACGAGGGAGCGGAGUCCUGUUGGAUCUGGCCUGUCUUCCGCAGCCUUUGGCUUCUGCAAGACCAGGGAGGCAGAGGCACUGCAGGGGACUCCUCCUCUGAGUCAGAGGAUGGCGGUAGGGCUGCAUCCUCUGACAGGGCGGGCUUAGACUGAGGUACCAGCAAAGCUGCCCAUCCCAAGGAAGUAGCCUGAACAGAGUCUUCAUAAAAGCCAGAGGCUGAUUCAGCAUGACUGGUUCCUCCGCACUGGGCACCAAGCCUAGGGGACGCCACAGAGCGUCACAACUAUGAUGUAAUGAAUUGAGCAGAACGGAAGGUGAGAGGUGGCGGGCAGCUGAAGUUUGUGCUCGCACAGGGUGCUGCUGAAAUUUGAAAGGCCAAAGCCCGCCCCUGUCAAAGUUCCCAGCCAGUGACUUUUUUAAAAAAUAGAAGGAAGAUGGAAAUUCCAUUGAUUGGGUCAAAGCAGGGGAGAGGGUGCAACUAUAAAUUUUACUUAUUAUUAAGUGAUCAUUAUCAUUACUACAGGAACACGGGUGGCGCUGUGGGUUAAACCACAAAGCCUAGGACUUGCCAAUCAGAAGGUCGGGGGUUCGAAUCCCUGGGACGGGGUGAGCUCCCAUUGCUUGGUCCCUGCUCCUGCCAACCUAGCAGUUCGAAAGCACGUCAAAGUGCAAGUAGAUAAAUAGGCACCGCUCUGGCGAGAAGGUAAACGGCGUUUCCGUGCGCUGCUCUGGUUCGUAAGAAGCGACUUAGUCAUCUGGCCACAUGACCCGGAAGCUGUACGCAGGCUCCCUCGGCUAAUAAAGCAAGAUGAGCGCCGCAAACCCCAGAGUUGGUCACGACUGGACCUAAUGGUCAGGGGUCCCUUUACCUUUACCUUUUUAUCAUUACUACAUAUCGUUGUCUGAUUCCAACAGGUUCUGGCGGAGCUCAAGGAGUACGCCACAGAGGUGGAUGUCGAUUUUGUCCGCAAAGCAGUGCGGGCCAUUGGACGCUGUGCUAUCAAGGUGGAGGCAAGUGAACUGACCCCCCCCUCCGUUUCUGCUUUGGUGUAUAAUGGGGACCUUCUGCAUGCAGAGCAGGUGCUCUGCUACUGAACUAUGACCUCUCCCCUGCGGAGAAUCCCGCUCUGAUUUCUAUAAUACCAGGUGGUGGGUGAGCUGCAGAGUUGUGGGUUGGAUGCUGGCCAGCGUUUGCACUGGGGCCUGGCCUCUGCUAGACCCUGACCUCCUCCUCUGUCCUGUCCCUCUUCUCAGCAAUCGGCUGAGCGCUGCGUCAGCACCCUCCUGGACCUCAUCCAGACCAAGGUCAACUACGUCGUCCAGGAAGCCAUCGUGGUGAUCCGGGACAUCUUCCGCAAGUACCCCAAUAAGUAAGCAUGGCUCCUCACAGUCUACACCUCUGCAGCAAAAAGCCCUGGGGCAGCUGAUGCCGUCGUUGAUGUCCUAGCUCUGCUUAGGCGUUGGGGGGGCUUCUUGGCUUCUCACCUCUCCUGGCAGAAAUUCCCCUCUUCCAUUUUUGAAACAAACCCAAUUGCUUAUUACCGUUGACUUGAAAGCUGAUUUUAGAAACCUGGUUUAAAUUGAGCCAUGGCUAAGUGUUCUGUUUUUCUUUACUCAGUUUUCACCCUCCUUUUGAAUUAUGUGAUUUUCUAGGUAAUUUAUAAAUUUUUAAAGACCUUAAGUACAACUUCUGGAUCCUGAAAACAACUUUUAGUGGUUUGACAGCAGCAGUGAGGUUCAGUCCUUGUUUUCAGAGUUUGAUCAGGAUUAAAAAAAACCUCCCAUGUUUUUACCUGCUUUAAAAAGGAGACAAGUGGUGGGUCCAAGCAGACCUUUUUAGAAGGGGGCGAGUGGCUGGGAUCUCCGAAAAGGCCUGUCUCUUAGUGGAUGGAAAUCUUCCAUCCUACACAUGUUCACUUGAGCUGGGGUUCACUCCCAUAUUUUAAAGCUGUGCUGGUUGAAGAUUCCUCCCAAAUGGAGGAAUGGGGACAGCUGACAGCGGGUGGCAGAGAAGAGGCAAGAGCAAGAGUUCUUAAAUUUGAGGACUAGGAGCUUGAAAAGGUUGAGCCAGAGAAUCGAAAAUUUGGGAUGCCACAGGAGUUGGCAACCGUAGAGAAAGCAAAGCGCUUAACUUUGCCUUGGUGAACCAGAUACGAGAGCAUCAUUGCCACCUUGUGCGAGAACCUGGACUCUCUGGACGAGCCGGAUGCCCGCGCGGCCAUGAUUUGGAUCGUGGGCGAAUAUGCGGAGAGGAUUGACAAUGCGGACGAGCUCCUGGAGAGCUUUCUGGAGGGCUUCCAUGAUGAAAGCACCCAGGUAAUAUUUCCCUCUCCAGUCCUAUGGUGCCCUUUUUUGGGAAAGGAAACUGUCUUAGAAUGAAACGGACCAUUUGUCCCUCUAGCUCUCUGAUGCCUCUGCACUGUUUGGCAUCAGCUGCCUGCUGGCCACAGUGGCUUUGCUCUUCCUCCACCGUCGGAGGCACCAGUGUCUCUAAAUUCCAGUUGCAGGAGGGGAGAGGGCUCUUGUGCCGAGGCUUCCCAACGGUAUGUUUCAGAACAGAUGCUGGACUAGGUGAUCCUUUGAUCCAGUAGGCUGUUAGGAUGUUUCCAGGGCUUCAGGUGGAAUACAUUCCCAGCCUUACAUGGAGAAGCUGAGAAUAGGACCUAAGACCUUCUGUAUGCGGGUUAGGCACUCUAGGACUAAGCUGCCUUAGACCGAAUCAGACCCUUGGUCUAUCUAACUCAGUGUUGUCUACACUGACUGGCAGCGGCUCUCCAGGGUUUCAGACAGGGAAUCUUUCCCAGCCCUCCCUGGAGAUGCCAUGGGGGAUUGAAAAUGGGACCUUCUGCAUGCAAGGCAUCUGCCACUGAACUGUGUUCCCUCUCCAAAGCAUGCUGCUUCGAAGGAGCAAACGGGGCCCUUGCAUUUUAGUAACUGGGUGCAGCCCAAAGACUUGCCCACAUUUCCAUUUUUAAAAAAGGAAUUUACUCUAACCAGAACCCACCUGAAGGCCUUCUAGAGCCAUAUUUAACAACUAAUGAGUUUGGGAUAAUUACUCCAGGUCAAAAAUUAUUUUUAGAUCAAUUAAGUUGAUGGGAAAUAACUCAAGACACUAUUUAGGAAUUAAGGAGCCGUAGAUCUACAGGACCAGAUGAGUUCUGUGUGGAUUAUUGAAAGGACUUUCCAGAAAAUCUUAUUCCACACAUACUGGAUAUAUUUAAGACUGUUUUUGCCUCAGGACAUAUCCCAGAAACCUGGAAGCAAUCUAAAGUAAUACUCAUUACUAAAAACCAAGCAAAUAUAUUUAGCAGCUUGAUUCCCAUAGGCCAGUCACAUUGCUUCGUGUAGAUCACACUUUCUAAAACUACAGUUCUAGCAAAUAGACUCUAGAUAUUUAUAGCACAUUACAUUGACCCAGACCAGUUCAUUUUUCUGAUGCAAAGGUUCGUAGCAGACCUCAUCAGAGAGUUACUGAAUGCUAUUCAUUAUUCCAGGUAAAAUUAAUCUGAAUUAGAUGCCUUGGCUUUAGAUGCCUUUAAAGCCUUCGCUUCUAUAGAAAAUGCAUUUCUUUUGCAAGUAAUUUCAACUCAUGCCAUUAGACUUAUUUACAAGCCCUCUGCAGCUAAGAUUAGGAUAAAUGGCUGAUUCCAAAUGUGCAAAAAUGUCCAACAGGUACUAAACAGGGACUCGCUUUCUCCUCUUUACUUACUUGCCCUCACUUUGGAAAGUUUGGCAAUGAUGCUGUGAGCUACUGUUGAAAUCAAAGGACUUACCGGAAAAAGGAAGGAACAUUUAAUUUAUUUUUGGGUGAUAAGUUAUUUAUGCUCUCUUACCCAUUAGUUGCAGAUCCUUAUUUUUAAAAAGAAUUGCAAAAAAUGGCAAAAUGUUGCUGGGGGUCCUCGCCUCUUAAUAGCCACUUUCCUGUUCAGAGUUCAGCCUGCCAGUCUCAGUCCUUCUCCCCCAGGAGGUUGUGGGCUGUAAGGAACAGACCUAGAAAUGGUAGGGAGCAGGAGAAGCAGGCAGGGGAGUUUUCCAGCUCUGACCUGGGGAGAUACGGGGCUGGGAAUGAGGAUAAUGAGGAUUAUAGCAACAUGGGUUAGGGUGGGGGGAAAAGCAAGCAGAAUGUUUGCUGGAAAAGGGAGCAGUCCAAGCCUCUUGGGUGCACCCUGGGAGGUGGGGAGAGGAAGGGGCUCCUUCUGGAUCCCAAUAGCCAUUUUUUGCCCCCUGAAGCUCGCCCAAGGAAGUCAGUGGGCUGCCUCUUAAUUGCAUUGUCCUGCUUUGCUACAGGUGCAGCUGACCUUGCUGACUGCCAUCGUCAAACUGUUUCUGAAGAAGCCGUCCGAGACUCAGGAGCUGGUCCAGCAGGUGUUGAGCCUGGCUACGCAGGUAAGCCUCUCGGUUGGGCAUGUGUAGGACUCCGUCUCCUACACGGGAAGAACAAAAAACUACAGGGUUAUUGAGGAAGGCUCAGGUGCAAAGAGGCCAAACAGUGGCUGGGAUUUUUGUCCAUGGCGAUGCAUCUAAGGGCCUACGAAACUCACACCUGGUCGGAUGUGUUUUCCUGUGUCUUGUGGGCACAGGGCCUCCUGCCUUUGGAUUCUGGUGUGUUGAGUCUGCACAGCAGGUUUUUAUUUGAGAUCACUUCCCAUUCCUUCCAGACUCAGGGCUUUCUUGCCAAGAGUUUAUAGAUCGCUUGCACUGCUCAGCAAACGCCCGGUGUUACAAAGCCCACUCAGCUGAGUCACGCAGUGUUUUAAUAGCAUCCUUGGAUUGGUGUUGGCUUCUUGAUGUGUCUCGGGACUUGGAUUCCGAUCCGUGGUGGUGGUGGGAAAGUAAAACCAAAUCAAAACAAGACUCUUUGGAUGUGCUAUUGUUCCUGCUGAUUCAUUGGGAAGUAGAGAAAUACUUCAUUUCUCUCCCUCUUGGUUGGGGGGCAUCUGCCAGGGACUCCUUUGCAGGGGUUGGGCUAGAAUGACUCUUGGGGGGGGGGUGCCUUCCAACUCCACAAGUCUUUGAUUUUAGUAAGUGGGUGCCCAGCCAGUCAUUACCAUUUUGCCGCUUAGCUGUAGCCCUUCUAGGACUAAAGUAGGACUAGGACUAAAGAUUCUGUUCCUCAUAAGGACUAAAGCCUAGGACUAAAGAUUCUGUUCCUCAUAAGUGAGAUAGCUCAGCCAGUAGAUCAUGAAGCUCUUAAUUUCAGGGUUGUGGGUUCGAGCCCCUCGUUGGGCAGAGAGAUCCCUGUACUGCAGGGGGUUGGACUAGGGGACCCUCCUGGUCCCUUCCAACUCUACAAUUCUAUGAUUCUAGUUCUGAAGGAAGGGCUGAUUUAAAUAGGAACGUAGGGCUGUAGACAACUAUUUUCUGCUCUGAGUAGACCCCUUUAAAAUGGUAGACCUAAAUUAGUCAUGCCCUCAUAGUAAUGUCCUGUCUGAUUCCCACACCCAGAGUUUUUCAGUAAAUAUAUAUUUUUAUUUUUUUUAAAUGAUAUUUAUUAAAGUUUCAAAAGAAAAAGAUUACAUUAAUAAGAAAAUUAACAGUAAAAAGGAAAAAUACAAAAUACAAAAAAGAAAAACCAGUUAAAAACAAUUCCAUCUUUUCAUCACUUCUUUUACAUUUACUUGUUUCCCAGACCUCCUCAUACCUCCCUCUUUUGUAUUCCAAUUCAAUUUAUUAGUCCAGCGAUUCCUUUCCCUCCUUUUUAAUCCUGAUAUUUAAUCUUGAUAUAUUAUAACAUUAAAUUUUUAGAUAUUAAAAACCAAUUUUUCCAUAUUCUUUUAUGCCAUUACUGCUAGAAACCGCUUAACUUCAAUCCGUCAUCAUUCUAACAUUCAUUAAUUUUACAAUAUUUCUGUAAGUAGUCUUUGAAUUUUUUCCAAUCUUCCUCCACCGACUCUUCUCCCUGGUCACGGAUUCUGCCAAUCAUUUCCGCCAAUUCCAUAUAGUCCAUCAUUUUCAUCUGCCAUUCCUCCAGUGUGGGUAGAUCUUGUGUCUUCCAAUACUUUGCAAUAAGUAUUCUUGCUGCUGUUGUAGCAUACAUAAAGAAAGUUCUGUCCUAAAUAUAUAUAUAUAUAUAUAUAUAUAUAUAUAUAUAUAUAUAUAUAUAUAUGUGUGUGUGUGUGUGUGUGUGUGUGUAUUAAAGUGCAGCUCUCCAAGGAAAUAGGUGGCAUUGCACACUCCUUGUGUCUUCCUGCCCAGUGUUAGAAACUGAGUUACGAAAGCUAGGAACUAAAAUGGCACUUUGAACCUAGGUUAUGGGUGCCGCAACGGAGUGUCUAGGUGUGCUUUUUUAAAGCAAGAAUCCAAAGCUGAAAACGAAUGAGCUGCAGCUAAAAUAUUCUGUUCAUUUUUCAUAGUCCUUCCCCAGCCUGUGGCUGGCCCUGUGUUUCCACAACCACAUUUGAAUAUGUGUCUGUACAGGAGAAGAAACAUUCAGUUUGGCUGGAUUUUACUGUUUCAGCCAUGUCAAAAACGUACGAGCGUCAACUGUUCUGAGCAAAAUCUUGAUAGCACAAAUAUGUAAAAAGAAUGAAUGAAAGAGAAACCCCACCAAGCGCUCUCUCACUUUCCGGAGAAUAGUAAUCAAAUCUAAACUUUAAAUCAGAACAAAAACACUUAAAACAUCCGUAUAGUGAAAUCCAGGAGCUCCUCAGAGCUGUGAGGCAAGGGAGAUGCUCUAUGCAUGCAGGAGAAUGUGGUGGAGUCCUGAGAUGGUAGGUGGACUGUACCACUCCAUGCAAAACAAAACAAAAACCAGAAGUAGAAAGCUAGUUUAUCAGGGACGGGUGAUAUCAGUCAGGAGUGCAAAAGGACAGAUAUCUAUAAGCUAAAAUUUGUCAUGAGGCUGGUGCCGUGUGAAUAAAUGUGUACUGUGCUCUUGUGUUAGGAUUCCGACAACCCGGACCUGCGUGAUCGUGGCUAUAUCUACUGGCGCCUCCUUUCCACGGACCCCGUCACUGCCAAGGAGGUGGUCUUGUCCGAGAAGCCUCUGAUCUCGGAAGAGACCGACCUGAUUGAACCCACUCUGCUGGACGAGCUCAUCUGCCACAUCGGUUCUCUGGCCUCCGUGUACCACAAGCCGCCCAACGCCUUCGUGGAAGGCAGCCACGGGAUCCACCGCAAACACUUGCCCAUCCACCACGGAAGGUAGGGAUUUGGGGAGCUGCUUUGUGCAGAGCCAGGCCAGUGCUCUGUCUUACAUGGACCGGCGGCAGAUCUCCUAAGGGCUCAGGCAGUCAGAAUGCAAUCGCCAAGAUCCCUCACAGCCAUAUUCAUCCUAUGUGAAGUUAAUCCUGUGUGAACCUAGCCAGAGUCCAGUACACACACACCCCGCCACGUGUGUAGCAGUUGUUUGCCAUCAUCCUAGUGAGUUCCUGGGCAGGACUUGCUUCUAUAUACCGUAUUGGCCCAAAUAUAAGCCGCACCCACAAAUAAGCUGCACCUUUAAAAUUCAAGGGGGAAUAAGAAAAGAAGAUAAUACCUGAAUAUAAGCUGCUCCUUUAAAAUGGUGUCUUAUGGUGGUGCUGGUGGUCCUAGGAGCUAUGCGCUGCCAUGGUGCCCGCCAUCUUGCCUCACCAGAAGUCCCGUAAAAGCCAGUUUUUGUAAGGUUGCAAAUUUAAGCCGCACUUCAACUUUUCACGGUUGGAAUUUAGAAAAAAAGUGUGGCUUAUAUUCAGGCCAUAAUAAUAAUAAUAAUAAUAAUAAUAAUAAUAAUAAUUUAUUAUUUAUACCCCGCCCAUCUGGCCGGGCCUCCCCAGCCACUCUGGGCGGCUUCCAAAAGAAUAUUAAAAUACUAUAAUACAUCAAACAUUAAAAGCUUCCCGAAUGUGGCGCUGUGGGUUAAACCACAGAGACUAGGACUUGCCGAUCAGAAGGUCGGCGGUUUCAAUCCCUGCGAUGGGGUGAGCUCCCGUUGCUCAGUCCCUGCUCCUGCCAACCUAGCAGUUUGAAAGCACGUCAAAGUGCAAGUAGAUAAAUAGGUACCGCUCUGGCGGGAAGGUAAACGGCGUUUCCGUGCGCUGCUCUGGUUCGCCAGAAGCGGCUUAGGGCUUAGUCAUGCUGGCCACAUGACCCGGAAGCUGUACGCCGGCUCCCUCAGCCAAUAAAGCGAGAUGAGUGCCGCAACCCCAGAGUCGGCCACGACUGGACCUCAUGGUCAGGGGUCCCUUUACCUUUACCUAUGGUAAUAAGCAAUUGAAUAAAAAUAAGCUGGAACGUUGCAGCUCUUACCUUUCCCCUGUGUUCCCCCUGCAAGGCUAAUGAGGCAUUGCAAAGCUAAUUUAGACAUUUUGCAGCAGAAGUUCCUACGCCCCAUGUCAUCCUUUUCUAAAAAGGCACUAAACUAAUACCUCCCUUUACCCUCUUUCCUGUGCAGCACUGAUGCAGGCGACAGCCCGAUGGGGACCACGACCACCACCAACCUGGAGCAGCCUCAGGUGAUCCCCUCCCAAGGCGACCUCCUGGGUGACCUCUUGAACCUUGACCUCGGCCCACCAGUGAACGUGCCCCAGGUGUCUUCCAUGCAGAUGGGGGCUGUGGAUCUUCUUGGAGGAGGGCUGGAUAGUCUGGUGAGCGGAACGCUUUUGAACUUUAUUUUGCUGGAGGUCAAGUUGCUUUGGCCCUGGAGUCCCCAAGCUCUCAGUCUCUAGGCUAGCUGCAUAACUAAAAAAUCCAGACUGCUACCUGCUUCCCUUUGUGCUAAGCAGCAGGAAGCAGGGGAGAGCGAAGGGGUCCAGGCAGCCGCCACAGAAAGUGGGAGCCACAGGGAUCUUCUUUGCCCCAUUUCAGAUUUCCCCAUUUCAGCAAGAACAAAGCUGCCACCUCUCUCUAUCCCUGCCCUCCAUUUGUGGUGGGGGAGCAGUAUCUGGCGUUGACAGCUGCUUAGAGUGGAACUAAAUAUCACAGCGGUCGUGGGGAACCUGUGGCCCUUCCAGAUGUUGCUGGGACCUUGCUUGGCUGGGGCAGGUGGGAGCUGCAGUGUCCUAUCCUGGUCUCGUGCAGGAGCCCACAGGGUAAAGGCAGGUCAGCUGCUUCAGCACCAUGGAGAGCUCCUCCUGAGCAACUUGCUCCAACAAGGGCCCCUGUUUUCUAGAACAAGAAUCUAUUUAGGGCAGAUUCACGCCAUUCAUUUAAAGUCCUAUAAUACUGCUCCAAACAGUCCUGGCUUCCCCCAGAAAAUUCUGGGAACUGUUGCUUGAAUGAACCUGAAUAAAUGGGGAAUCCUCUGGAUGUUGCCAGACUUAAACUCCCAUCAUCUCCUGCCUGUUGGCCAUGUUGACUGAGGCCAAGAGGAGCCAGAGUCCAAAUGCAUCUGGAGGGCCACAGAUUCCCUGGUUCUAAAAGAAUAUAAUUUUCUGUCUUGCUGGGACCUGAGCUGCCAAAGGUUGUAUUCACACUAUACUUUUAGAGUACUGCGUUACCACUUUUAAGAAGUCAUGGCUUCCCCCAAAGAAUCCUGGGAGUUGUAGUUGGUUCAGGGUGCUGAGAGUUGUUGGGACGCUCCUUUUCCCACCACAGAGCUACAGUUCCCAGAGUGGCUUAACAAUCCCUCUUCCCAGGGAGCUCUGGGAGGGCAACAGGAGUCUCCUAGCAACUCCCAGCCCCCUGAACAAACUCCACUUCCCAUAACUGUUUAAAGUGGCAUCAGACCCAUGAGGGUCCUGGCUAGACCCUGGAGCUGAGCAAAAGGUGCGGAAGAUGGAGCAUGAGGAUAUCAUGUCAUGCAUCUAACUUUUCGACGAGAUGUUCUUUAGAGAGGAGGAGGAGGAGGGAAACACAGCUGCCGGUUCUCUGCAUCCAUCUUGCCUUCUUUGUAGCUGUGCAAACUUCGGUGUCUUGCAUUUGGUUUUUACUAGAACCCCAAGAUCCUCCAAUCGCAGCCAGGUACAAAAUGCUGGAGGUGGCGGGGGUGUAACAUACCCUCGGAUUUAAGGAACAGGGCGCCUUACUUGAGUGCAUGCUCAGUAAAGGGUUUGUUUUCAACACCCAAACUGGGCUCUUGGUUCCCCCCUCAAGCUUUAUUCAUUUCAACUGCAUAAUUUAGAAAGCAGAGGGGGGCGGUGGAGGGGCAGAGCCUUGUUGUUGUUGCUAUUUUUAAACAACGGGGAGUCAGAAUCUACUGCAGAUCUACAGCAAAUCGCUCUGAGAUCUGCUUUCUAGCCCAACCACAGUACUAGCAUAUUCAGUGCUGUUCUCAGAGACAAGGGUGCUGUGACAUAAUUUUAUAUAUACCGUAUUUUUCACUCUAUAACAUGCACCUGACCAUAACACGCACGUAGUUUUUAGAGGAGGAAAACAAGAAAAAAAAUAUUCUAAACGAAACAGUGGAUGUAUGAUUUUUGUGGUUCAUGCUGUGGCCACAGACAUGUGAUCUGACAGUCAGUUUGGAGUAGCCCAAUGCAAAAAUCCUGAGGAUCCAUGUGGAUCCAUGCUUUGUAACCAUGUUUUUGCACCACUGCGGCCCCAGGCAACAGUGGGUACGUGUUUUUUUGGUGCAAGAUGUAGCCAUGGACAUGCCAUGUGAUCUGAUGGUGAAUUUGGGGUGACCCAGUGCAAAAAUCCUGAGGAUCCAUGUGGCUCCGUGCUUUGUAACCACGUUUUAAGUGAGGAGGGAAGGAAAAGCACUCAAGGGACAAGGAGCACGCGUGGGGUGGGUGGAGAAGGAUGCUGCUAAUAAUGAAGAAGAGGGGUAUAAGGGGAGAAGGCUCCUCUCCUCUCCCACUUUGCUCCUUUAAAGCCAGCAGGCUCUGCUUUUCUUCCUCCUCCCCGCUCAUCCCCGGCUUAGCGAGCUGAAAAACUUUGCUGCUAUGUAGCGAGCUGAGUGGGGAGGAGAGAGGGACAGAGAGCCUGCUUGCUUUAAAGGAACCAACUGGACAGGAGCCGAUUACACUCGUGUAAGCGGCUCCUCUCCUCUCCCGCUUUGCUCCUUUAAAGAAGCAGGCUCUCUGUCCCUCUCUCCUCCCCACUCAGCGGCUCUUCUCCCGCUUUGCUGUUUCAAAGCGAGCCACGGAGGAGGGAAGGAAGGGGAACCAUGGAUCCUCUGCUCACGACUGCAGCAGAUCCCCCCGCCAUCCGUAGGCAUUCGCUCCAUAACACGCACAGACAUUUCCCCUUACUUUCUAGGAGGAAAAAAGUGAGUGUUAUGGUGCAAAAAAUACGGUAUAUAUUGCAUUGAUAGCACCACCUUUUUCUCCAUGGAGUCCAAGGUGGUGUACAUGGUUCUCCCCCUCCUCACAUAAUCUCCACAGCAGUCCUUUGAGGUAGGCCAGGCUGAGAGGCAGUGAGUGGCCCAAGGUCACCCAGGCUUUCGAACUCUGUAGUGCCAGGAGCCCUUUCCUCCUCUGUUGUUUUGCCAAGAGACCUUAUGUGCUCUAGCAGAGGAUUCUGGGAGAUACUUGUAGGAGACACGGUCUUCUUGCUGUUAAUAUUUUAUUUCCCCUGCCCCGCCCUCCCUCUCACAAGCGCAAUAAGAAAGGCACAAGGUUAAAAACAAAGUGGAAAAGUGCAAUCCAAAACACAGCGGGCCAGUCUUUUCCCAGGGGCUGUUGACCAAGCGCCUGAGAGCAUCCCCAAAGCUCUCUCUGGCAGGCUGUAGGAGGGAAGGCAAGAUCAGCAGCCGAGAGCGAGCCAUCCUUCAGGGAAGCUCAUCCGCUCUAAUGGAGCUCCUCUUGGAGGAGAUGGGGGGGGGCUGGGAAACAGAGCCAGACAGGCUUAGAAGGAACUGGAGUCUAAUCCAGAGUCUAAUCCAGAGUGGCAGUUCUCCUAAAAAUCAUUAAAAUUCUGCGCCAGGAGAAGGGGAGUUCUGUGACCGUGUGUCAGUUAUGCAGAUUGGGGAAACUUUUUUUUGCAUAAUUUUGCGUUUGCAUCUUUUAUUCAGGAACGCACACUGCCUUGCACUGCCUUUGGUUUAUGCUAACUUUUGAGAAGGUCGCAGAGCUAGACGGGGCUCAGUUUCCUUCUCCUCCCCCCACCAGGGUGUUUUGCCAUAUGUCAAAAAGCUUCCUGCUUAGGCAGGUAUUCGGUGUUUAGCCAAUGCAUCUUGUUUUUAUUAUGCUGUGAUUUAUUUUUUGCAAGGAGAGGGGGGCAUUGCAUUUUAUGCUUGGUUUAGUUCAGUGGUUCCCAAAGCAGACAGUGCUGGCUCCCAAGGGUGGGGUGUACUGGGGGGUGGGGUGCUGGAAGUGCAAGUGACUAUCAGACUUUGAAAAGCCGGCGUCCCUGGAUCAAGUUCAUCCAUUUUGUUGAAUGGAUUAAACUAAAUAGUUUUAAUCGGAUUUUGAAUAAAUAUGCAAUUAAUUGUCCCUGCUCUGAAUUUUAUUGUGUCUAUCAUCUUCCCUAGUGGGCUGUGCAAAUCUCCAUUCUGAAUAAUGUUUUUAACAUGGUAGGGUUUGGGCCAGGAGAGGCAGGUUUAUGUAACCAAGGCAGCAGUGGCCCCCCAAAUUUUGGGAACAACUGCUUUAGUUGGUCUGAUAAAAAUCUACAUCUAAUAAAUCAGCAAAGUAAGAAGUAAAUAAGCAAAAUGAAAAUGCUUCUGUUCCUUCAACCACUGAAAAUCACAUUCUGUCCCAGCUCCUUCCAGCUUCUAAUACUUAUAGAAAUGCUGCCAACACAUUUUAAUGCAUAUUUUUGCAGCCUUGAGGGCUAGAAACUUGUGCGUUAAAUGCUUUGUCAGAUUUGUUAUUGAUUUAGUUUCAUGAUUUUAUUAGGAUCUUUGCUGGUUUUGAUUGUGAUUAUUAUCGAAACCCGCUCUAGGACGAUCUUGGGGAGGGGGAGGAAGGGGAUUGUAAAUACAACUAAUAAGUAAGUGAAAGCCAGUGGCGCUUUCCAGGGUGCUAAAGUUUUAGCGCCCUGUUCCACAACGCACUUUGCCUGCAGAGCCGCAAUGUGUGCAGAGCCCUGUUUUCAUUCUGAGCUGCGGCCUGGUUGCCCCCCAGUCUGGACUCGGCUCAGGAAAUGAUUUGUUGCCUCCUGCCACUCGGACUCCGCUUUAAGCUCCGUGGAGAGGAGGCGCUCUGAGGCUUCCUGUCAGCUCUCUCGGCUGCCGAUGUGCUGCUUGCGAGCAGAUGCGCUGCCCUGUCACUCAUUAGCCCUUCCAUUAAGGGCUCUGCGUCUUCCGGCUGCCCUGGCCCUCCCCGAUGGCUGAGCCUUUGAACGGCAGGUCUCCCCGGCGCUUCUCUCUGUUAUUAGCUCCACCUUGCUUCUCAUCCCGGCUGGGACUUAGAGGCGCCACGUCCCUCACGUAACAUUGCAGGAUCUUGGCAGCGCCUCAGCAGAAGAGUGCUUGUCUUCUUGUUUGCCUGCCUGCCUGCCUCACACAUGGCUCUUAGAUAGGAAUCCGGAGAAGGCAGAUGCCCAGAGUAAAACUGCAUUAGCGUGGAGGAGAAUUUUGCUGGAACGAGUUCCUGGGGCAGCCUGUCUUGUGGGAACGGAGCCGAGAAAUGUCCCCUGCUGACUCAAGCACCUGCCAUCAUUUCUUUUUGUUGGCAUCUGUCUGUCUCGGGAGACAAUAGAGAAGUGGAUGUGAAGUCAAACUUGUUGGCAGUUUGCAGUGCCUGCUUUGGCUGUAGAGACUGAUAAGGGAGAGGCAUGUUUUGUUGCAGCUGGGGCAGACAAAGGUGUCCGGUUGUAUUGCUGCAGAUGCAGUGUGGUGUUUCUUCUCUCUGUGCUCCUCCCAGCGGUCAUUCCUCCUCUGGUCACUGCUGUGGAUGCAUGACCUGACUGCUUGUCUCCAGGCACAUCGUUUAUUUAUUUAGAAAGCUUUUAUAAACCACUUCACGUUUUAAAAAUCUCUUAAGCAGUGUGCAGUCUUCAAAACAGAUGAUAUUAUUAGGGCAGUAAACCAACAGUAUUAAAUCAUUAGAAACAAAUGAAAAAGCAGAACAGAACAUGUUACCAUAUGUGGUGGACAUGCAGCUGUGGUUAUUAGAAUAGCAGAAAUACUGAGACAUGAAGUUCCCUUAGAUUCAGCAUUGAUAUUGCUCCACUGUAUGUCAUUUAUUGUCCAGAAAGAACAUAAGGAAUUUGCAUCCUUUUUGUUAGCAGCUGCAAGAAUGUUCGUGACUCAAAACUGGGAAGUUACAUGAUUCCCUUUUGGGGAAGGAUGGCUUUAAAAAGUUUGGGAUUUACCUAAGAGCGAGAAUUGCAAGUGGCUGUAGAAAUAAAUUCUGGGGAAACAAGUCGUUUAGCAAUCCCUCUUCCCAGGAAAUUCUGGGAGGGGAAUAGGGGGCUGAUGACUCUUGACACCCUGAACAAACUAUAGCGUCUAUGAUUCUUUGGGGGAAGACAUGACUUUUGAAAGUGGCAUAAUGGUGCUUUAACAUACAGUGUAAUUGUCGCCAAAGGAAACUGCUCAACAAGAUUCCCAGCCACUUCAGCACCAUGGACAGUACUUUGCUGUCUUGUAGUCAGACCAUUCCGGCCCAUAACCAAUCAGCUUCCCCCCAGCCUGCUGCUCUCGAGGUGUUCGGGCUCUGAAUAUUUUUGGUGGGCUGGACCAAUCCAGAAGUGUUUAUGCUGCCUGCCAGUCACACAGGGCUGACAUUUCUGCCCUCUGGGGCUGGAAAAGGACUCUGAAGCUCAAACACACACACACAGAGUCCCAAGAGGCUCACUAGGCCAGUGCCCUGUUUAGAUGCCAUAAGGCUACCUAUUGAAACCCCAGACAAGUUUCUUGUAGGGAAACUUGGGUCUCCAGGAAUCCCCCUUCCCCUAUUUCCGCCAGAUCUACAAAGCUUGGGGAAGAGGUGUGUGUGUGUGUGUGUGUGUGUGUGUGUGUGUGUGUAAAAAUUAUAAUUAUUAUGUGAAUGAACGAGAAGCUGUGAUUGUCUCUUUCAAAGUCGGCUUCCCAGCCCCGUGGCUCUUUUUGAGAUAAUCUUGGCGCAGGAACCGAUGAAAGGCAGAUAAAAACAUCUGGUGCUAUUAUGCAGAAUUAUUCACAAGCUGUUUUGACACUGCUUUUAUGUAAGAGGCUUGCUGAUAAGAAGCUUGCUUGCUGUUUCCACCCUCCCCCUUCCUUGUUUCACAAGGGAACACUCCUGAAGGCCCCUGGGGGGGGCACCUCUGACUCCUCCAUGGCUGGGAAUGAAUCUGCCGGGGGCUCCUCUCUUUCCCUUACGAGGGCUGCCUUCUCCACACAAGGCAAGCCUCCCGUUCUGCCUGCAAAUGCGGCAAUAAAUUGAAACGAGGCAAUAGCCCCACACGGUUACGACUGCAAGAGGGAGUCGUAAAUGCAUAAGUGCUCAGAUAUUUCCCCCCUCUGGAAAUACAGCGCUCAGCUGGCUGUAAUGAAGGACUGUAGCUCAGUCGCAGAGCAAAUACCUUGCAUGAAGCUGAUGGGCCCAGGUUCAUUCCAGGAAAUUCCGCCUGCCAGAAACAGUGACUCCUGUUGGUGCAGUCAGGGCAGGGAACCCCUUUGGCUCAUUGAGCGGCUUUCUGGGAGGUGCAAGGUAAUAGUGGGUGGAGCCAGAUGCAGAAGUGGGUGGAGCGGCCCAUGUGGCCCUUAAUCGGCACUCCAGCCGCACAAAAGCCAGGGAUUUUUACACACAUGAAUCAUCUCAAGCAAGAGACGGGACUACAGUUCACUUUCCAGCCAAUCAAAAGCACUUGAGAAGGGGGCAGAGCAAGGGUGGAGAGAAGGGGUGGCCUGGGGAGAGUCCCGAGGGCCAGAUAGAGGAGACUGGAGGGCCUGAGGUUCUCUGGCCUUUGCUGUAUACUGUACUUUGAGGUAGAAGGAGCAGUGGCACCUGACUUAGUACCGUAUUGGCUCGAAUAUAACCCGCCCUUUUUUUUUUCAAAUUCCGUCCGUGAAAAGUUAAAGUGCGGCUUAAAUUUGCAACCUUACAAAAAUUGGCUUUUACGAUAUUGCUGUAGGAUUUUCUUCUACAUUUGCCAUUUAAGGGUGUGAGUGCAUGCUGAAUUUUAAGGUAGUGGCUUAUAUUUGGGUAUUUUCUCCCCACUCCCCUUGAAUUUUAAAGGUGCGGCUUAUUUGUGGUGGGGCUUAUAUUCGGGCCAAUACGGUAUAAGGCAACUCUGCUCCCCAUCAGCCAGACCUGACCAUUUGCUAGGAACUCUGCAACACACAUUUCAGUAGAACAGCAUAAGAAGAACCUGUCUCCUGGAUCAGGCCGGGGGGCAGGGCAUGGCAUCUAGCCAAGCACCCUGUUCUGACAGUGACUAACCAGGUAGAACCAUAGAAUUGUAGAGUUGGAAGGGACUCCAAGGCUCAUCUAGUCCAACCUCCUUCAGUGCAGGAAUGUCCCUUGGAAUCACGGAAGCGGGACCUGAGCACAACGGCACUCUCCCCUCCUGCGGCUUCCAGCAGCUGGUGUUCAGAAGGGAGCACACUGCCCUCAUGCCUAGGAGCGAUUGCGACCCAUACCUUCCUUGAAUUUAGUAAAGUUGCUAACUGCGCCCAAGAGCAUCGCAGGGACUUUCUUGUGUUGGUCACCUAGCCUUCAUUGUAACUUCAGUUGUACUCUAUAAAGUCAAAACUGGGUGGAUGUGUCGUCUCUGCUGGAAGAAUACAAAUUCUAUGGGUUCAGAUGCAGGUGGUUAUCUAGGAACGACUUGGACAAAUAUGGUGACACUUUAAAAAGCUGUAGCUUUGGUACGGCAGAUCUCCUGGAUGUCCGGAGCAUGCCUACGAGAUCUCUAUGGCCAGUGCCCACGUUUUGCAUUUCUCUUGCUUUUGCCUGGAUUCAGCUUUUACUCCCUGCGGACUUUUUGGGGUUUCAGGCUUGUGGCUGUCCUCGCCUUUGCUAUAUCGAUGCUCCUGCUGGGCGACUAGUCUGCUCACGGUGAAAGGGACGGGGCGUGUGGUGUUGCAGCACUUCUUGGGGUCCUUUGUUUUUCUGGCACCUGACAACCUCGCUGAAAUGAACUCCCCCCCCCCUUUCUCUUUCCCCCCUUCUCCCUGAUUCUUUCUCUCUUGCAGCUUGGCAGUGACCUUGGCGGGGGAAUUGGAGGCAGCCCAGCAGUAAGUCUCCCCCAUUCAUUUUACCCCCUUGGAACACAAUGCUCUGUUCUCUUUUCCUCUCCAUCCCCUUCCCACAGGCCCUUUCCAACACACACACCAGAAGUGCCCUAAAUACUCAGAGGAAGGGCCGUUGCUCGGUGGUGGAGCCUCGCUUUGCAUGGCAGGAUAUCCCAGGUUCAGUCCUCAGCUGCAAGCCCAAGUAGUCCAUUUUAUCCUCUGAGGUAGGCUAGUCUGAGAGGCAGUUUCGCUCCAAGGUCACCCAGUGAGUUUCAUGGCUGAGUGGGGAUUUAAACACUGGUCCUAGUCUGACACUCUAACCCAGCCUUUCUCACCCUUGGGUCCCCGGAUGCUGUUGGACUACAACUCCCAUCAUUCCUAGCCAGCAUGGCCCAGUGGUCAGGGAUGAUGAGAGUUGUAGUUCAAGAACUUCUGGGGGCCCAAGGUUGAGAAAGGCUGCUCUAACCACCACACCAUGCUGGCUCUUCAUGGGUUUGUACAGGGCCAGUUCUUUCUUUCAGAGUUUUGUACCCCCACUUUGCCCUCGGCUUCCUGAAUUCAUACAAAUCUGAUCAUUUUAAUGUCCUGGGUGCCUUUUUGUGUUGUUUUUUUUGCAAGUGCUUGAGAAUGCAGGAAUGGAAAUGAGAGCUGAUUAGCACCACCUGGGCUAAAGAGCUCCCCUGAGUGUCCCUCGCUCGCCCUCCGCCCUUGGCCCUCCCCACCCUCCAAAGCCUUUUGAGAAGAAGGGAGGACUCUUAGGCAGGCGGUUUUCAAAGGACGCUCACCCUGCGAAGGUGAUGGGGGAGAUGAUUGCGGGGAUUAAAUUUGCAGAGCGCAUUGGUAUGCAAAUCCAUUAUUUGGCACUCUUGAUAAUUCAACGAGAUUCCGGUAAAGAGCUUUGAAAUAUUCAGGAUAUAACCCGAGUUUGUGGUUUAUUUAAUAAAGGCAUCCACUGUGUGCAAAACGCUGAGAUGCCGUCGUCCUUUUCCUCCUCCGUUUCUUGCUUCCAGGUGGGGCAGACCUUCAUUCCAUCAUCGGUUCCAGCAACCUUUGCCCCGUCUCCGACGCCGGCCGUGGUCAGCAGCGGACUCAACGACCUCUUUGAGCUCUCUUCCGGCAUUGGGAUGGCGCCCGGAGGAUACAUGGCACCCAAAUCGGUACUUGCAGAGAGUGGCUGCAGCAUUACACCUUUCCCAGUACAAUUUGUCUGGCGGUUUCUCUUUAGGUUACGAUAAACUGAGUUUGUUUUCUACUCCCCCUCCCCAUUGUUCCAUAUUUAGUUAUUUGGAAUCAUUUAUAUACCGCUCACUGUGGAAAAUCCCGAAACAUAAUACAUUAAAUCUAUAUCUACAUCACAAAUUAUCAUUAGAGGGGGAAACAGGUCAACCCAAUCUAGAGCAAAUUAUCAGGGAAAGCCUGGGCAAAAAGGGAUUUUUAUUUUUAAACAUGGCAGCCCUCUAAUCACGCUUCCGUUGUCUGCCCGUUUGCUUCCAAGCUAGAUGGAUUGAGUAUUAAAAUCAUAGAAAUUGUAGUGUUGGGUGAUCUGGUGGUCAUCUAGCCUGACCCCCUGCUUAGUGAAGGAUCUACAACAGCUACAGUAUCCCUGAUAGCUCCAGGGAAGGCCGUACCACCACCACCCAAGGCAGCCUUUUCAAUUGCCCAACAGCCCUCACUGCUAGGAAGCUUCCCCAUAUGUGUUGCCAAAAUCUACUUCCCUGCCAUUUCCAGCCACUGGUUCUAAUCCUGCCCUCUGGAGCAACAAGAGAGCAAGUCUGCUCCAUCUUCUGCACUCUUGAUGGCCUCCUCUUGUGCCAUCCUGCCCCAUUUGCUCAGGUCAGCACGGGAGGAACCCCCCCUCCGGUGAUGCACCCCCCCCCCCACUGUCUUAAGGCACCUUCUUGAAAGAGCCUUCUCUGUUGCAACACCCAGGCUGCGGAACUCCCUGCCCCAGGAAAUUCAUCCAGCAAUUCGUAUUGGUGCUUUGGCACCUCUCUUAACAAUCUUCCUGUUAAUGGCAGGAAGUCCUCGGGUUUGAACUCUAUGCUGGGCUACCCCAUGAAAGAUGAUUGUUUUAAAAUAAAAAAACCCUGAUUCUUUCAACCAUCCAGAAAUGAUUUCAUCAGCUAUCAGAACCUGAUUGCUUUUUAAUUGCUGAGGCUAGCCGCCUUUGAAAUGGAAAAGGCAGGACGUAAGCAUCUCUCCAGGCCCAGCCCCAUUUGACACUGACCACAGUUUCCCCAAUAACUUUUCAGGUCUGGCUGCCGGCCGUGAAAGCCAAAGGCCUGGAGAUCUCCGGCACCUUCAGUCACCGGCAAGGGCACAUCUACAUGGACAUGAGCUUCACCAACAAAGCUUUGCAGCACAUGACGGACUUUGCCAUUCAGUUUAACAAGAACAGGUAAGGCCGCCGAGUAACAGGGGUGGUUACCUGGAGUCUGUUUGCCUGAUUCUGCUGGAGGGCAUUCCUGAUAAGGAUGACGUCUCCUCCUGGAAGAAUCAGGCAGGUCCUCUGAAGCUUUUUGCCUCUUCUCCAGGGGUGGCAGGAGUCAUCCCUCUCUCCAGGCUGUACCCUGCCGGCAUUUGGUGAUGGUUGAGUCUUCCCCGCCCCUGAGAAAACUAGUAUUUCUCAUGUUUGUUUUGUGCCUCUCCAUCAGUUUGGUGAUCUUUAAGACUCCAGCCAGAUGGGUGGGGUAGAAAUAGCAACAUUAUUAAAAUUAUUAAUACAGGGCAAAACUAAUCAACACACGCGGUGGGCAUGUGGGAAAGCGGCUUGGUUUUGGGAGGAUGUCUGGGACUCAGGGCAGAUUACACAGAUAAAAUAGAACAAGCUAGUAUAGAAAGGACAAUGUAAUUAAACACUAAUAGAAUUAAAAGGGUAUAAAAAGAGAUAUUAAAAACACAGACAACAACAGUAAAAACAAAAAUAAAAGCAAUUAUUGGACUAAAUAUCUCUAAGCAUCCGGAGCUGGCUCUCCUCAGUCUUUUCACGGGAGACAAUAUUAACUUACAGUUUAACCUUUAGUAAGUUCUCUUCUGCUAGCAGAGAGGCUCCCCAUCACAAGAUACAGGAAGAACUUAGAGGGUGCUUCUCUGUGACAAAUUUGUACAACAAAUGAUGGCAAAUAGCUCUUACGGGAAAAUUGAAUAAUAAAAUAAAAUGGGCACGAGGCUUGAAGCACAACUGAUUGGCACAGUUUUAUUAUGUACAUGGCUAAAAGUGAUAAUUACAUUUUGAUUAACAUAAAUUAUAGUUUGAUAUAUUUUAUAUUUUGAUACACAUAAAAAAUACAGCUACCCAAAUAUACAGUUUUAUCCAACUAAACUAAUUCAGCCUGUCCUUUGACUUCCUAUGCCCAAUGAGGGGAAAAAGUUAGUCCAGCAAUAUAUGAGACCUUACUGGAUAAACCAGUUCUGAUUGCCAGUCCUUUAUCCGGAUUAGUUGGCAAGAGGAGGAGUCAGGGGAGGGUAAAUUUCUCUUAUCAGAUCAGAAUAGAAAUUGCAGUGCAGGAGUACACAUGCCAUAGAUUCAGGGACUCCCAUCUGACGUGGCCCACGUUGUACAGCUAUUUGUGAAACAUUAAAUCUUGCAAGUGGAACACUCUGCAAGCUUGUAUGUUCUUAAUGGGAUGGCGUGUUUCUGUGUCCGUGUCUCUGGGCCUUCCUGUGAGCUUUCCAGAGGCAUCUGGCUGGCCGGCGGUUGUUGUUGUUGCUGACUUAUUAUAUUUGUUAAACAAUGAAUGCUAGACUAGCAGACCACCCCAACCACCCUCAUCCAGAAAAGCAGCUCUUUCAGUCUCUUCCCCCCACCCCAAAAAGAGAGAGAUCCUCUGCCUUCUUUCGCUGAGCCUUUCAUCUUCUUUCCCCAGUUUUGGGGUCAUCCCCAGCACCCCGCUGGCCAUCCACACUCCUCUGAUGCCAAACCAGAGUAUCGAUGUUUCUCUUCCUCUCAACACUCUGGGACCAGUCAUGAAGAUGGAGCCUCUCAACAACCUCCAGGUGUGGAGUGGGGCAGGGGUGGAGGAGAAUUGGGGAAGGGGCAUUGGCGGGGGGAGAAGAGCCUGGGAUGUCUGGGGUUUGCAGAGGGGGGAAAGGGGAAAGCAAUUGUAGCAGAAUCUUCAAGCUUUUUGAAGCACCGUCUGGGGAACAAGGCAAGCUUUCUCUCCUUCCCACUCUGGUCAAACUAGAAUAGGGUUGACAACAAGCUAAACACACGUUGACGGAACUCCCAUCAGCCCCUGCCAUUGGUUCUGAUGGGCAUCCGCCAAUACCUAGCAAGCACUGCGUUGGCUCUCCUUGACCUGGAACCUGGGGUUAUCCAGUGACUUUGUUUGGUGGUGCUUGGCACAGGCAGAAGGAAGAACUUCACUUGAUGGUCUCACUCUCGUUUUGAAAAGAUACCUAUUCAUAGUCGGCAAAUACAGUGGUACCUCGGGUUACAGACGCUUCAGGUUACAGACUCCGCUAACCCAGAAAUAGUACCUCAGGAUAAGAACUUUGCUUCAGGAUGAGAACAGAAAUCGUGAAGCAGCGGUGCGGCAGCAGCAGGAGGCCUCAUUAGCUAAAGUGGUGCUUCAGGUUAAGAACAGUUUCAGGUUAAGAAUGGACCUCCGGAAUGAAUUAAGUUCUUAACCUGAGGUACCACUGUAAACAAUUAUUUUUUUACUAAACUAUACUAGACUCAAAUGUUUAAAUGUUUUAUUGAUUGUCAUCUUCCUGCCACACCCGCAUGCCACUGCUUUAAAUAGUUGUUUCCAGCUUUGGAUUCCCCUCCGCCCGGACAUUUUUUUUGUUUUGUUCUUUCUGCUACCAUUGAGCAGUAUAUAAACAUGAUGAAGUAAAUAAAGCAAAUUAAAUUUAAAUGUGAGAUGCAGCAGCGACCAAAGCGCAUCUCUGGGUUUGGGGGCUGCAACUUGCCUGUCUAGUCAGAUCCAGCUCUCUGUUUGGUUGUGUGACUUGAUUGGGGGCAGUGCAGAGGCACCAGAUACCUGUGGAGGUUUCGCCCGGCAACAAAAUUCAAGGUUAAUUAACUGCUUAAGGUGCCGGCUUCUCCUUUCAGCUGUUCUCUCUGGUGCCUUCAUGGUUUAUUAAUGAACCUUCAGGCAGGUGGCUCAAAAUAGCAGCCUCGGCGCUUGGAGGCUGUUGCUUUGGUGCCAAGAGGUGCGGCUGUAGCGGUUUCUGCAUGUAUGUCUUUGGGGAAGAUGGGGAGGGGGGUGGAGCUGAAAGCACCCUGACAGGCCCCAAAUACGCCUGCGACAAACCUCAAGGUUCAAGCUGCCUACCUCUGAAUCCUAGUUGCCUAGAGUUUUGCAGACAUUGUGGGCAAAUUUUAGCAGGCUGCAGGCCAGGCCUCUGAAUUUUGGUUCUCCUGUAGGGAAGAAACAGGAUCCGUGAUGUGGGUUGUCUCCGCCCAUCUCAUCACUGGCAGGAAGUUAAACUUUGGAGCAAUACAACAGGGGCAGGUCAACCCCCUAAUUCCAUAUUUACUUCCUGCCUUCACUACUGGUAGGAGGUUUCUUGCCUGCUCUAGGCACGGCAAAGGAAAAGGUGGGAACGCCAUCUCAGAAGGGAUUUUUCCUUUGUUUCUUCCUGGAUCAUCUCCUUGCAGGGCUUUGAAGUGGCCCAUGUAUGCUGACAACAGCCCUGCAAGGUAGAUUAGGCCCGAUGACUAAAGAUUAAUGGAGUUUGAACCCACAUAAUGGAACAGGACGCUGGACUUAAAUGGACGCACUCUGACAGCAUCCCUGCUAAGGGGACCAUCCAGCCGCUCCUUUAAAACCCCUAACAAAGGAGGACCCAACCUUUUUACGAGGCUCCCUGUUCUGCUGUCGGCAGCUCAAAGCAUCAGAAACAUCUUCUUAACAUUUAAUCAGAAAUGAACAACUGAUUUGCUCCUUCACCUUCGGGGCAGCCCUUUGGAACACCUGGAAGCCACAGAUCUCGAGAAGCAUUUUGAGGAAAACCACUGACAGGAAUGGUUCUGAAAAGCAUUUUGCAAUCCAAGCGCACAUCCCACUGACCUCCUCCUUGCCAGCAGAGACCCUCUUGGAAGGCUGCCUCACUGUUGACUUACUCAAGAAGGGCUCUUAGAAACCUGACAUGAUAAAAGUUUAUAAUAUUUUGCAUGGCAUGGAUAGAUAGGUGGAGAAAUACUUUUAUCUAUCAUAGCACUACAACUGGUGGACAUCCAAUGAAGCUGAAUGCUGGAAGAUUCAGAACAGAUAGAAUAAAGUCCUCCCAUCAUGCAGGGCAUAGUUAGACUAUGGAACUCCCUCCUACAGGAGGCAGGGCUGGCCAUGAACCUAGAUAGUUUUAAAAUGUUUAGCCUGGAAAAGAGGAGCCUGAGAGGGCAUAUGAAAGCCACCUUCCAAUAUCUCAAGGCCUGUCCCAUGGAAGAGGGAUCAAGCUUGUUUUCUCCUGCUCUGGAAGGUAGGACUCAAACCAAUGGCUUCAAGUUAAAAGAAAGGAAAUUCUGACACCAUCACGAAGAGCAUUUUGACAGAGGAAUGGUCUCUUUGUGAGGCUGUGCCUCUUCUUCCAUGGAGGUUUUUAAGCAGAGGUUGGAUGGCCAUCUAAUAAUAAUAAUAAUAAUAAUAAUAAUAAUAAUAAUAAUAAUAUUUUAUUUGUAUCCCACCCUCCCCGGCUAAAACUGGGCUCAGAACGGCUAACAACAAGUGAAAAUAGCACAGUGUAUAUAAAAUCACACAGUCAAUUAAUUAAAAUACAUUCUAAAAUCAAUUCAGAAUCAAAUUAAUGGCAACCAGUGGGUUAGAGUUCCAUGAGGAUUACAGAAGGAGAGAGGGGGCCAGACUGUGCCUUGGCCAAAGGCCAGGUGGAACAGCUCCAUCUUGCAGGCCCUGCGGAAAGAUGUCAAGUCCCGCAGGGCCCUCGUCUCUUGUGACAGAGCACAGAUCGGGGCCACGGCCAAAAAAGCCCUGUCUCUGGUCUGUUUUAGCCGAGAUUCCUGCAUUGCAGGGGGUUGGACUAGAUGGCCCUUGGGGUCCCUUCCAAAUCUACAGUUCCAUGAAAAAGGGUUGGGACAAAUUCACGGAGGAGAAGGCUAUCAGCCAGGCUACUAGCCUGGAUGGCUAUGCUCUGCCUCCACGGCUGGAGGCAGCAAUGCUUCUGAAUAGCAGUUUCAGAAGGAGAGAGGGCUCUUGUGUUCAGACCGUCCUUGCUGGUUUCCCUUUAGGGCAUCUGCUUGGUCACUCUGGGGAACGGGAUGCUGGACUAGAUGGGUAACUGGCCUGGUACUGCAGGGUUCUCUAUUUACGUUCUUACGCCCUGUUGCUCAGUUUAUGUCCCUGUUUCAGAGAACGGCCUUUGGGACCCAGAUCUUUUCUCGAGAGCUCUUUCCAGGGAGGCAGGCCGCCCUUCUGACUCAGCUUGUGCCUGUUGUAUUGACGUUUGUCGGUGGAAUGUUCGAAUUUGGAACAUUUUCUUCGCUCGACAUGCUUAGCUGCUUCUUGAGCCACCUGGCACUUGGCACGCUCUUAAAACACAAGUGCAGCUCACAAGAGCGUUCUGCUUUCUGGCUGGCGCCCCUCCUCCAAAGGGUGGCAGUAGCACGUGUCAGUUUUACUUGGUGCAGAAAUUCAGCAUUCCAAAAUCCCGGAGCUAGUUUUUAGGGCCAAGAGAGAAACUCCAGGAGGGGAGGCGAUUUAUUUUUAUUAUGGUAAAAUCUAUUAAUCGCCUUCUAAACUGCCACCUCAAGGUGAUUUACACAUAAGGAAAAAGAGUUUUAAAACAAUCAACGCUUUUAAAACAAGACUAACAUGUCAACAAGUGGGGGCUUGUAGCAAAGACGCCUUUAACCAGCUGGGAAAGCCUAUCGGAACCAAAAUGGCUUCAAAUAUUUCUGGAAAAUACAGAAUGGGCGCCUAUUGUAUCUUAACAGGGAUGCUGUUCCACAAAGCAGGGGCAGCCAAACUGAAGGCCCUGCUCCGAGAUACAGUGGUACCUUGGUUUAAGUACUUAAUUCGUUCUGGAGGUCUGUUCUUAACCUGAAAUUGUUCUUAACCUGAAGCACCACUUUAGCUAAUGGGGCCUCCUGCUGCUGCCACACAAUUUCUGUUCUCAUCCUGAAGCAAAGUUCUUAACCCGAGGUAAUAUUUCUGGGUUAGCGGAGUCUGUAACCUGAAGCGUAUGUAACCUGAAGCAUAUGUAAACCGAGGUACUACUGUACUGCUUCCAAGAUCUCUGGAACCUCCUGGAUAAGGCUCAACUAACCUUGGUUCUGAGCUGUAUAAGGCCUUAUAUUCUAGUACCAACACCUUGAGCAUGGCCUGGUAACAGACUGGCAGGCAGCCAGAGCAAAUCCUGCAAGCAAAGUGUCCUAUGCCGGCAGGAGUUUGCCACCACAAACAGCCUAUCUGUCACAUUCUGCACUAGCUGCAGCCCCUGGACCAACCAAGAGUAGCCCCGACAUAGAGGGCAUCACAGUAUUCCAACCAGUGCACAGCUGGCAGUAGAGAGCUGCCAGAAGUAGGGAUAAUGGGGAGUUGUAUAGAGCAGGGUUUCCCAAACUCGGGUCUCCAGCUGUUUUUGGACUACAACUCCCAUCAUCCCUAGCUGGCAGGACCAGUGGUCAGGGAUGAUGGCAAUUAUAGUCCAAAAACAGCUGGAGACCCAAGUUUGGGAAACCCUGGUUUAGAGCAUCAUUAGGGCUGCGUUGACCAAGUCCGAUAAAGUGUGGAAGCCGUGAUCCUCUGGAUCAGCCUUUCUCAACCAGUGGGUCCCCAGAUGUUGUUGAACUACAACUCCCAUCACCCCUAGCUAGCAUGUCCAGAGCUCAGGAAUGAUGGGAGUUGUAGUCCAACAACAUCUGGGGACCCACAGGUUGAGAACCGCUGCUCUGGAUGUUGCUGGGCUCUCAUCUCCCAUCAUCCCCUGCCAUUAGCCAUGGGCAGAGGCUGCCUUGCUUUAAAGGAUUGUAUGCAAGCUGCUCUGGGAACCUUUUUGGCUGACGCGUGGUGUAAAAAUGCUCUAAUAGAGGGCAGCUCCCUGUUCAUUUGGAGUCACUCCCAUAAUGGGGAUAAAACCUAUUCCUCACCCUAGAGAGGGGGGACAGUUAGUCUCCACUGAGAAAGAGAAACCGUAAGGGGGUUGCAAGAGGUUGUGAUCACCAGCAACACUCAGAUGCAGAUCUCUCCCCAACAUAUACACGGCUAUAUUCCCUAAUAGCUGGUGUUCCUGACACUGACGGUAGCCACUGAAGCUCGCCUUUCCUUCUCUGGCAUCUCGCUUCUGUCUACUGAGAGCCGUCGGCAUCGAGCAAAAUAGCAGACUGGCUUGCUGGGCUGGGGAGGAGGAAGAGUGGACAGCUGAGGCCCCUGAUGGCUACAGCUGUUGCCGCAGUUGCCAGAGAGCCCCAACCUCAAGACAGUGGCAUAUCUGUGAUGCGCUUGGGUUUGGCCAUGCCUCGCUGCAGAGCAGAAUCGAUCCACAAACGCGGCCGUUUGGAUAGAGCAUUUAUGUACUUUAGGAUGAAAUGGUUCAAAGCGAAUCACCGGCCAGUUGCUGUGCGCCCCUGGCAGAAACCAGCCAUGGCUGGAACCCAGUUUUUCAAAUUUAACUAGAAGAUGUUCAACAUGUAUUUUGUCAGGGAUGUCACGCAAGCUUAUUGGGCAGUGCUUUUGAGGAUCCCUCCAGUCCCCUUUCUUAUGUGUCGGAACUGCAAUAACUCAAAGGCAAAGAGUUAAUUGUUGCCAAUCGGCUCCUGCCAUGAUGGAUACGUGCAAAAACUUUCCAGCGGCAACAUAUCCCCAUACCAGGGCUUUGCCUAGGGACGGUUUUGCAAUGAGACUUCUUGUUUCUGCUUCCGUAUCAGGGAAGGCAAAUAGGUAACUCCAUCAGAGUUGAGUUUAUCCAUUGUUUCCUACUGCUUGUCCCUGUGUUUUGUGUUUAUAUUGUAAUGGCCAUUGGCCACAAACAAUAAUUGAACUUCAACACUGCCCUCCACAAGGCAGGGGGUCUGGAGGGUGGGCAGGAUUGCUUUGACUACGGGCACCGAGGGCAGCUGCACAGGAAAGCUUCCUUGUACAGUGGUACCUCGGGUUAAGUACUUAAUUCAUUUCGGAGGUCCGUGCUUAACCUGAAACUGUUCUUAACCUGUGAAGCACCACUUUAGCUAAUGGGGCCUCCUGCUGCCACCGCGCCUCCGGAGCGCAAUUUCUGUUCUCAUCCUGAAGCAAAGUUCUUAACCCGAGGUACUAUUUCUGGGUUAGUGGAGUCUGUAACCUGAAGCGUAUGUAACCCGAGGUACCACUGUAUUGAGUCAGACUUUUGGCCUGGUACUUAGUUCAGUACUGCUCACUACUCACUAGUGACUGGUCCCUUCUGCAUGCCAAGCAGGUGCUCUUGUCACCCAGCUAUUUCCUUUUCCAUGGAAACAGAAAGCCCAACUGAACUGCUCUCCUUCACUGGAGGUUUUUAAACAGAGGCUGGAUGGUCAUCUGUCAGGGAUUCUUCAGCUGUGAUUCCUGCAUUGCAGGGGGUUGGUUUGGAUGACCCCUGGAGUCCCUUCCCGUUCUACAGCCCUAUGAUUGUUUAGGAUUUAUUUCAGAGUGGCAGUGGAGGAUGCAGAGACACAUUAAGUGAAAAGAGCAGUGCUUUUUUUUCUUUAAAAAUGUUUAGGGGUACUCUCAUUUUCCUAUUCAUAUUGAAAUACUGCCCCUCAGUAAGGCCAAACUUAGAUUCACAAAAUGUUUAGGGGUAUGCGUACCCCUGCGUCCCCCCAGGAAAAAAGCACUGGAAAAGGGGGUGCAGCGUUAAGACCAAAGGGGUUCCUCAGUGCUAAAAAUGAGGGGAAUUCUCAUUUCCUAGACCACCUUCUGAUUCAGUUUUUUCCCCCUAGGAAACCCCAUCUCUUCCCCCCGCCCCUUGGUGACCCUUAAUUGGAGAAGCGGGAUGCCAAUCACUUUCUCCCUCUUUCUUCUUCCUCUUCCUGGCAGGUGGCUGUCAAGAACAACAUUGAUGUCUUCUACUUCAGCUGCCUUAUUCCCCUCAACGUGCUUUUCGUCGAGGAUGGCAAAAUGGGUAAGUGGGGCCUCUUCCGUCGCUUGACCUCAGGCGGAGGGGAAAGCGAGAUGUCGAGGAAGGGGGCCAGUCUCUUCUGCUUCCGCCAGAUCCAGAUCCGUCUGGGAACAAGAGUGGCAGAGGGGAGAUGGGACGGGUAAAGAGGAAGGGUGCCCUUCAAGGCCAAAAAGGAUGCGAUCGACGUUUAUUUAUUGACAUUUAUUUAUUGAGCAAUUUUUAGUCUGCUAAGUCUCCCUAAGCGGUUUACGGUAUCCUAAGCAUAUCACAAAGAAAUACAAUGCGAUUUCACGUUUUUUUAAAAAGCAGCACAGGAUACUAUAUCAUCAAAAACACGAGUAUAAACUCAAACGACUAAUGUUUGGAAGACGCACCUCUUUACCUGGCCCCAGUGACACUUGAGAGAUUUAGGACACACCCUGUUCUUGUAACUGUAAUUUGUUUCAAACUGUUCUUAAUAUUUUAUUUUUGAAUUGCUAUAACCCAUUCUGAGACCUUCUAGUGAAGGGGUGGGUAAGAAAUUGAAUCAUCAUCAUUAUCAUUAUUGCUGCUGCUAUUAUUAUUAUUAUUAUUAUUAUUAUUAUUAUUAUUAUUAUCAUCAUUAUCAUUAUCGUUGUCAUCAUCAACAUCUACUAGCAAAAAAUCAGUGCCAGAAAUGCAUUAGCAGCCGGUGGAAGUCAGAGAUAAUAGCUGUAAUAACCUCGUGCCUGGAUUACUGCCGUGCAUCCUAUGUGGGGCAGCCCUUGAAGACUGUUUGGAAUCUGCAGUAGGUGCAGAAUGAUGUCACCUGGUUGCUGAGUUACACACCAUUUCAGCAUCAGAUUAUGCCUCUUCACUGUGAUCUGCAUUGGCUGCCUAGUCAUGUCCAAGUCCGUUUUAAGGCGUUGUCAUUGACUUCCAAAGCCUUAAAUGGCUCAGGGCCUAAACACUUGGCAAAACCCAUGUUCCAGUUAUGGGCAGCUCAGUCAUUGACAUCAUUGGAGGGGAGCCUUCUUGGGGUGCCUCCUGCGAGGUAGGACCUGAGGGUGGUGAUACAGUCAAGGACCUUCUCGGUUGUUGCACCCUCCCUGUGGCACUCUCUGCCACUGGAGGCCUGUCAGUCAUAAUCUUUACUCCAGUUUCAUUGGGUGUAAAAAGGCACACCUCUCAUGCUUUCUUGAGGUUAUUGUCAGUUAGGACUCGGGGGAAAUUUGAUCAUAGAACCAUCUAUAGGAUUGCUGCUGUUUUAGAAAAUGGUUUUAUAGUUUUAAUUUACUCUGUUGGUGUUUGACAGUGUGAUUUGUGAACCAUUAAGGAUUUUUAAAUUAAGAGCGAAAGAAAACAGCAUGACUCUGGAUUGACGUGUGACUUAGUGCCCUGGCGGCAGCUUUCUACAGCAACUGUAGCUUCAGAGCAGUCUUCAGCUGAGAUUCCUGGAUUGCUGGGGGUUGGACUAGAUGACCCUUGGGUCCCUUCCAACUCUAAGAUUCUAUGAUUCAGUGGUAGCCCCACAUUAUGGUAGUCUAGCUUAAGGGUGCUUUUCAUCUGCUCCUUGCAUCUGUCCCUCCGGGUGUUGGGUUUCAGAAACUGCGCUGCCUGAAAUAUGGCCCAAUGACUGAGGGAAAACUAGUCUGGAUGGAGAGAUGUUAGGUGCCUCAAACGACUCUUGUGUUUCUCCUCUCCCACCCACUAACAGAACGCCAAGUUUUCCUCGCGACAUGGAAAGACAUUCCAAAUGAAAACGAGCUCCAGUUCCAGAUUAAAGAGUGCCACCUGAAUGCUGGUGAGUGAUUUUUUUUUAAAAAAAUAAACAGUCCUGCAUGUGGGGAUCUUUGUUAAGUUUUUAUUCAAUGCACUAUAGUACCACUUUAAACAGCCAUGGCUUCCCCCCCCAAAGGAAUCUGGGAGCUGUAGUUUGUUAAGGGUGCAAAGAGUUGUUAGGAGACCCCCAUUCGCCUCCCAGAGCUACAAGGGAUAACUCAGUGGGUCGGGUAUGAGACGCUUAAUCUCACGGUCGUGGGUUCAAGCCCUACAUGGAGCAGAAGAUUCCUGCAUUGCAGGGGGUUGGACUAGAUGACCCUCAUGGUCCCUUCCAACAAUUCUACAGAUUCUCAAGUGUUACCUACGAUUGAAUUUUAUACUACUCUGGGCUUCCCAUGGGAGCAUCCCUUUGGCCACUGUGACAACAGAAUGCUGGACUGGAUGGUCCCUUGGCCUGAUCCAGCAGCCUCUUCUGAUGUUCUUAUGCUUCAUUAAAGGGUUUUUUAAAAAUGGUUUCACAACCUUCGGGUUCUGCUAAGCUGGCUGAUUGUCUCCCUCCUGUGUUGAUGGUGGGGGUUUGACUACAUGCAGAUGGGUUUUUGGAGAAUGGUGAUGGCAGGGAGCCUCCUGUGGCAGGCACAGUCUAUCUAGAACAGUCUCAACCUCUCCCCUGUCUCCCCCUCGAGGAUGCUUCCCAUUGUGGGCUCCUCCACAAGGUGUGCCUCCUUUAGGGAAGGUUCUCCUCAGUCACUCUGGCCUCCCUUAGCCAGUCCCUUUGCCACCGCUGGCAGGUCUUAGGAAGAUGUAUUACAGGGAACCCCACAUUUAUGCGGUGGUUAUGUUCCAAGGCACCACACGUCUAAGGGAGAUUGCGUAUAUCUGAAACACCAUUUUAAAAGACUGCAAAUGCCCUGUUCCAUCCCUUUUUGUGACGUUUUGGGUCACUUCUGGGUUCGACGUGUGUGCGUGGUUGUGCACACAUUGAAUGCACCUGUAUAUCAAGUCCAUCCAUCCAUUGGUCCAUCCAUCUCAGUACUGUCUACACUGGCAGCAGCUCUCCAAAGUUUCAGACACGAGUCUUUCCCCAACCCUAUUUGGAGACGCCCAAGAUUGAACCCGGGACCUUCUGCAUAGAAAGUAUGGCCUGUUCCUUAACCUUGUCCUUAUCCUAAAAAUAAAGCAGGAUUCCAUCCUUCAUGGUUCGGUACAAAGGUCUAGUUUAACUAGGAAUAUAGGAAGCAAUCUUAUACAGAGUCAGACCCUUGGUUCAUUUAGUUCUGUAUUGUCUACACUGACUGGCAGCAGCUUUCCAAGGUUUCAGGUGCGGGUCUCUCCUAACCUACCCAGAGAAGCCACAGAUGGCCUGGAAUUUUCUGCAUGACCUACAUCCCUUCCCUAAUCUGCCUUUUAUGGAGUCUGCACUCAAUUGUCUGCAUUGACUGGCACCUGCUCCCCAGGGCUUCAGGGAAGAGUUAUUCCCAGCCCUACUUGGAUAUGCACCGGGGAAUGAACCACGCGAAGAACACGGCCCUCCGCUGAUCUUUGCCUCUUCCCCUUGUUGGAGAUACUUCCGUCUCCAGCGAGCUCAGCAGCCUGAUCUCAAAGCACAGAGUAAGCGGAGAGGAGGAGCAGGCCGGGAAGCCGUCCUCUGUAAUUGCUACGGGGCAAGGCAUUAGCUUCCGAGAUAGGGGAAGCCAGCCAGAACUGAUAAGAAGAAACCAAAGUCAUGUUUAUCAGGCAUGACCCACUUUUCAGGCUCUCCACAAGCAGAGGGAGACUGGCAGAUUCUCUUGCAUGCUACUGCUUCCCCAGUGACAGCUUCAUCUCAGAGAUGCCUCAUCUCUCUGCCACGGUUUUCUGGGGUGUGGGGGAGAGGCAGGCAGGGUCUCCCUUCUCCCUGAUCUGGGGAGGUGGCUGCGGAGAGCUUUGAAGCACGGAAAGUUUACUGACCAUGUUACCAAAGCAGGAUCAGAGCGGUCCAUGCUCCAAAAGUCGCUGCUCUUUUGCUCAAGUCCCAAGCAAGACAGCUGAAAAGCUCUGUUUGCACCAGGUGAGCAGGCCUUGCCAAACAAGCAAGGCCUGGAGCUUAAAGCUGUUUUCAGGCAGGGCAACCCCAAGCAGAUCUGGUGCAAAAGGAGCUUUUUAAAGCUCGGCUUUGCUAGCUAGGCAAGGCCUGCUUGGUGCUCCAGCUCUGGGAGGCUAGGGAUUCUCGUGUGAGAUUUCUUCCCACUCACCUGCUAGCCACAUGUAAUCCUUGGAACUGAACCCCUGCAUAAUACGAGGGAUUACAGUGUAUGCGGUAUAUAAAUGUGGAUGAGAGUAUACGCAAGUACACAAAAAUCUAUUUAUCUAGCUUUGUAUAUAUGCAUCACACACCCAUGCUAAGAUUUCCAGCUUGGCAAAAUUUGUGCUACAGAUUAUUCCAUUUGCAUUGCUAGGAAGAAAAUUAAGAUCCUGUUAGUUAGCUAGUUUUCUAAAUCGCUUCAGUUGCCUUAUAAUGAAGGCAAAAUGUUCUUUUUCCGUGGAUUGGGGUUUUUCCUCUCUUUCCCAUUCUUGUGCUUCCGUCGACGCCCUCCUCCUGACAGCUGCUGCCUCCCAACCACUUCCCUUGACUUAUUUUUUUUUUUAAUAAAAAAGAGAGAAUAAUAAAGAAUGUUCCAAGGCGCAAUUAUCAUCACGCAGGAGAACAAAAGGCAGCCUGUGGUUUCCGAAGUAGGAAGGUCACACAAUAGCAGGCGCCUGGGAGGGGUCUUGAAGUCAAUGGAUGCUCAACACACACACACACACACCCAUUUCCCUGCCUUUGGAGCUGUUUCGAGCAAUCAAUAGCAAGUUGUUGGUUUUUUCCUUGUUCCUGGGCUGCCCCCUCCCGCCCCAUGCGAGAGCCACCCCCUUCGGCAACGACAAGGUCACCCUCUGCGGAUGACUAAGCUCUUGAAACAUGUCAGCAAAGCCAUACACAUUACAAUUAAGUAAACAGUGGCAGCGCUGCCCUCCUUUGUGCUGCUAUCAGCCGGGGGUUUCGUUUUCCACAUGUCAAAGUAACGUCACUGAGCGGCAACCGGGGCUGGCAAGAGGCUCUAUUUAAAGCCCUGUCGUUGCUUGCGAGAGAGCGGAGGAUGGAAGCAGGCGGGGAGGGGGUUUUCAUUCCCCCCCCCCCCGCAUUGUGUUCUCUUGGAAGCUUCAGAACGCCCUCCUUUGAGAAGGGUAUCAGCACCCGCUCAUGAUCCGGCAAGGGCCAUUCACGGCUCCAUGCCUGGAGGGAGCGCAGAGAGGCACAGUGGGGAGAAGUGGGAGGCCGGUCACCUCCCCUCGAGAAAAAAGGAUCUGGUGGAGUUGAGGAAGAGAAAGGGAGCCAAAAUUAUCAAGGAGCAGCGUAUGGUACCUUUUGGUUUAGAGCAGGGGUGGCCAACUCCCAAGAGAUUGCGAUCUACUCACAGAGUUAAAAACUGGCCGUGAUCUACCCGCUUUUUCGGGGGUUCGGGUCAAAGUUGUUGAGUUUUUUCAGGGAGGAGGUAAAGUGUUGAGCUUUUUCUAGGGGAGCCACAGUUGUUCAGCUUCUUUGGGGGAGCCAGUGAUCUACCACUGAUCUACCACAGACGUCCAGUGAUCCACCGGUAGAUCACAACCUACCUGUUGGACAUGCCUGGUUUAGAGAAAAGGCAAGGAAGAGGUGGCACAAUAGCAGCUUGUAAUGUUAUGCCCAGCAUGGAAAAAGUGGACAGAGAAUAGUCCCCCCCCCCUUCCUAACGCUAGAACUCGGGACAGAGAAAAGAAAGGACUUCUUCACGGAGCGCAGAGUUAAACUCUGGAACUCCUUCCCACAGGAGGCCGUGAUGGCCACCCACUUGGGUGGCUUUAAAAGAGGAUUGGACAGAUUUGUGGAGGAGAAGCAGUCAAGGCUUCCCCCUAAGACUUCUGUGAGCUGUAGUUUUUGUUAAGAGUGCUGAAGGCUGUUAAAAGGUAAAGGGACCCCUGACCAUUAGGUCCAGUCGUGGCUGACUCUGGGGUUGCGGCGCUCAUCUCGCUUUACUGGCCGAGGGAGCCGGCGUACAGCUUCCAGGUCAUGUGGCCAGCAUGACUAAGCCGCUUCUGGCAAACCAGAGCAGCGCACGGAAACGCCUUUUACCUUCCCACCAGAGCAGUACCUAUUUAUCUACUUGCACUUUGACGUGCUUUCGAACUGCUAGGUUGGCAGGAGCAGGGACCGAGCAACAGGAGCUCACCCCGUUGCGGGGAUUCGAACUGCCGACCUUCUGAUCAGCAAGUCCUAGGCUCUGUGGUUUAACCCACAGUGCUACCCGAGUCCCUGCUGAAGGCUGUUAGGAAACCCCUAUUCCCUUUCCAGAGCUACAGUUCCCAGAGUUCCCUGUGGGGAGGUAUUGAUCAUUCAGCCACUUUGAGAAUUGUAGCUCUAGGAGGGGAACAGAGGUCUCCUAACAACCCUCAGCAUCCUUAACAAACUACAGCUCCCAGAAUUCUUCUGGGGAAGACAUGACUGUUUCAAGUUCCAUCGUAGCGCUUUGAAUGUGCCAAGUGAGUAUGGCGCCAGUCACAGAAUAUUAAUUGCAUGUUUGAAAUAGUGGGCUGGACUCCUUUUCUCGAAUUGGUAAGGUAUGGCCUUGUGGUGCCCGUUGCUUUAAGGAAUUGGCUUUCUCGUACGCUGCUUUGACAGGCUCUGUGUCUGGGAAGCGGCUUACAAAUCCAUUAGACAAAUGGACCUUCCUGUUUGCCAGGCCAUGUACUCCCCCCACCCACUCUAGGCCUGCGAAAGAGCCUGAGGGAUCUCUAAUGCUGUUUGCGCAGAUUUGGGCAGCGGAGAAAGGAGCCGGCGUCAGAUCGGCAACUCUUUGGUCCCCUGCCCUGUUUGCCGAGGGCUCAGCACCACUCAGAGCAGGUGCCUGCUUAUGAAGACAGCGGGGCCCCUCUGCCACCGGUCACGUGGGCCCGAGCCGUUUUGCCUUGUGUGUCAGGCACUGCCGGGCAGCGUUGCCUAGCAACGCUUCCUCGUUCCCUCCAAAGCUGACAUCAGCCUUGGCGUGACAGUGCCGGGAAGCGGAGGUUGGGGCGGCGGCGGGAGCUGGCAUUGCUACCUGUGAAUGAAAGGGAAGAACUCCGAAUCUCCCAGCGCACGCCCUUCGUAGUAUUUUUCAAUGGCUACUCGCCGCAAGGGCUAAUGCUCCACAGUCAGAGGCAGGGAUGCUUCUGGAUUCCAGUUGGUGGAAACCGCAGGAGAGAUUCCCUUUGGGGCAUCUGCUUGGCCCCUGUGAGAACAGGAUGCUGGGCUAGAUGGACCAUUGGCCUGAUCCUGCAGGCUGUUCUUCACUCGAGCUGCUGACUCUGCCAGGUGCUGCUGGACAGGAUGUGAAACUGCCCCGCGCAGCUUGCAGGCACUCCCAAUUUUGGAUCACCCUCCCUGGAACCUGCCUAAACAAUAUUUUUCUUUGGCACCCUGGGCAUCAGAAGUGCUGACAUUGGCUUGCGGUUUUCUUCCAGCAUCCAUAGUUUUUAAAAAUAUUUUGUUUUGUCAUGGUUGCUUUGCACCAUUCCGAGAUCCAUCUGUGUGAAAGGGAGCAUAGAAAUCAGUAAAAGAAAUGGAAUGAUAAAUACGGCCGAGGCAAAGCCAGCGUCGCAGGCUCCGAACCAACUGCAGUGUUUUAGGGGACGGGGGGUGGUCGGCUUUUUUCAAACUGCCCUUCUCGGUUUGGCCCAUUUCAGACAGUGGGCAAGUUCAAAUGCAUGUCUUGAUAUUAUUUUUAAAAAAAUAUAUAUUCCCAAAACUAAUCCUUUUUGAGGCCUUUCCGUGCCUCUCACUCACAAUUCUGGUGACCUCAUAAGGUCAGUUGCUAUGAAGGCUGGCAGGCUCAGCCAUUUAAAUGGGUGGAGAUCAGUCAGUGGAAACUUCAGUUGUUCGGCAAAGGAAUUAAGAUGUGAAGCAGCAGGGCAGAGAAGUGACCCUGACCGCCCUACCCGUUUCUUUUUUGAAGCUCCUCUCUUGUUUCUGGUUUGGCCAGGGGAGAAAAAAAUAUCGAACUUUAAAAUGGCUUUUCCUUCCUACUGGAGCAGAGGUGGAUGACCCCCAAGGUCCAGGUUCUCUCAUUUGCAGGCUUCCGGGGGCCACGUGGUGGCAGUGUGCAGGGCCAGAGGGAAAAGUCGGUGGAGCACUGGAAGCGACUCUUACUGUUUUGUAGUAGGCUGUCUUCCAGCCUCUCCAAACUCAGAAGUCUCAGUAGUGUAGUCUGCAUAAGUGUUUGUGUGUGUGUUGGUUGCAAAGUAAGGGGUGUUUUUUUGCAAAAUUGGAAGUGUUUGCCACACCACCAUCCUAUAAACUGAGGAUUCUGGUUUAGAUUUGGGGAGUUGGCUUUUGCAAGGCGCUAGUCCCCUCGCAGGGUAGGAUGAGGUGGGCUCGGCGAGUUUCCCACCCUGCUCCCAAAGCCCCAUGAUUGCAGCCUGCUGUGUCGCCAGCUGUUUUGCAGCUGCAUUUUUAGGUGGGCUGUGCGGGUGUCAUUUCCCUGGAUAAAGUUGUAUGGAGGGAAGGGGGCUUUAGCCCUGGGAAGGGAUAGGCACUUGUGUUGUGUCUCUGUUUCCACAGCAACCAAAGACAGGGAAGCCCAUCAGAUUGUGAACAUGGUGUGUGUGUGUGUGUGUGUGUGUGUGUGUGUGUGUGUGUAUGUGUGUAGAUAGAUGAGUGAGUGAACCUUGUGUGACCCCCUGCAACCAGCCAUUCCAGAGUCUAGCUGGGUGUGAGGCAUUGAUCUGGCCCACCCGGCCGUGCCUUCCACAUUCUGCACCUGGGGAAGCCCAGCUCCCGUGCUGAGAAGGCGUGCAUAGCCAGCAUUUUGUGGGGAGGAUGCUGUGUCGCGAAAUGUGGAGUUUCCUGGCAGUUAAUGAGAGAGUUGCACGUUAAGCAGAGCUCUGGGGAAGUGAGGCUAGUCAACGGUGUGCGGAUGUUUCUCGACGGCACUGCAACUGAACAGCACUCGAAUGUUUCUGGGGGUGAGCUCUCUAUGUCUCUCCUCUGUGCACACCCACUCAUGCACACAUCCGGCCUCUGGAGAGUGUGUCAGGAGCAAUGCACAGAAGAAGAGUCUGCUGGACGAGGUCAGGGGCCAGUCUAGCCCUUGUAUUCACAGUGGCACCCCCACCCUGGUGAAGCACAUUACUGGCUUGGAUCCUUUGUGUGAUCUAAUGAGGUUUUUCUUCCUUGUUUGCCCUUCCGCCCAGACACCGUUUCCAGCAAGCUGCAGAACAACAACGUCUACACCAUCGCCAAGAGGAACGUGGAAGGACAGGACAUGCUGUACCAAUCCCUGAAGCUCACCAAUGGGAUUUGGAUCUUGGCUGAGCUGCGCAUUCAGCCAGGGAACCCCAACUACACGGUAAGACCCCCACUGGCAGGGCUGGCCUGGGAGUAUUGGGGAGAACAUGCAUCAAACGCUGGUGCGGCCUCCAGAGCCUCACUGUCCUCCCUUUCUCAUCUGCCGCCCAAGGCAGCCUAAUGGUGGGACCAGCCCUGUGUCUGGGGGAAGAAAAGGCACGAUAAAUUUCUGCCUUCAGAUUUAUUUGUUCAUUGUAGAAGACCUCAAUGCGGUUUACAAAAAGAAAAAUCGGUAAAAGCAAUUAAAAAGAACAAUUCAGAUCAUUUAAGAAAAUUGAGACCCGUUCUAAACUAAAAAAAAAAUCAACAUUUGGCAUGUCUGGGGAGGCAUUUCUCAACAGAAAUGUUUUCAGCAGGUGCGGAGAAUUGAACAGCGAAGACGCCUGGCUGGUGCCAGUCGGUCAAGAGUUCCAAAGUUUCGGUGCUGCGGUGCCGAAAAUUUCAUUUUGUACAACUGCGGGACGAAUAUGAUGUGCCCCUGUAACAGUGCCAGUUCCGCAGAUAGAAGCUGUCGAGUGGCAAGGCGAUCUUGCAGGCAAACUGGUCCCAAGUUGUUUAGGGUUUUACAUACUGAUAGUAACACCGCCAGCAUGGCCCAGCCGCCAGCAGGUCUUGGGGCAGAAGUGUUAAGGGCUGACAGGGUCUUGCUCGAGUCAGCAAUAAUUUGUAAACCUCAGUUUGGGGAAUGAGGAGGGAGGAAAACGAAGGCCUUUGAAACCUGUCUCAGCAACUUUAUGUGCUCCCCCCCCCGCCACCUCCCAGGUGCCUUCAAAUAAGCCAGCCCCCUUCCCUUCUUCUCAUGCCUCCUUUUCUCCCACAGCUCUCUCUGAAAUGCCGAGCUCCCGAAGUCUCCCAAUACGUCUACCAGGUCUACGACGCCAUUUUGAAAAACUAAGCCCGUCGAAGGCGCCGCCGCUGCUGACGGCCGGCCUCACCGCACAGGGAAAUCGGGACGGGGCUGACUCCAGACACUCUGCCGCCCCCUUUUUGCCGGUGCAGGCCCAGAACCCUCUUGGCGUGGGGGGGAGGGGGAAAAAAAGCUCUGUGUUGUUGUCUAAGAUCUCGGUGCGACGCGCUGAGGCAAAACCAAGGUAGCGAGUAGUGUCCACGUUGCUGGUAACUGUAGGGGGGAUGUCGUCCCAUUUGAUACUUUUAGCAUCUGUGAGGAGUUUGUAACCACUUUUUUGCGCCACCCGUUGUUUUUCUUUUUCUUUUUGUAAUAUAAUUUCAUUUUCCCGCCAGUCCCGUUGCCACGUCUUGUCUCGCUCAUCCGUUCCCCGUGGGGCUUCUCCAUCUCGUGCCAACGCUUUGCGUUUUCUUGAACCACUGUAGGCCUCUAGUUGACACUUCAGAACAUGCAGUCUCAUUUUAAACACUCGAGAGACACACACACGCACACACACCAUCUCUGCCCAGCCUGAGAAAAACAUACACAUCGCACUUUAUUCUUUUACAUUUGUGUACUUAUGAUGAUGAUGAUGACGAUGGUGAUAUUAUUAUUUUUCUGCAAUUAAACCAGCUGUCUCAAGCAGGCGAGGCUGAAGGAAAGGGCAUCUGAAAGAGACCAGCCUUGUAAGAAACAACACUGAGUAUUGGUCAAUUUGGUCUUUAGGAACUGGCACAUCGUCCCCCCUUAAAUUUGAAGUGUGCUCUCUCCCCACCUUGGUUGAAAAUCCUGCCUGCUGCAAACAUGGCAGUCUUUCCUGACCCAUGGAGCUUUUCAGCAUGAGCGUCUUACAGCUGGGAAGAAUGUCUUACAGCUGGGAAGAGACUCCAUUUCUAGGGAACCUCAGGAGUUGUGAAAGGUCAGAGAACCAGCUCCAGUAUGCGCCUGCAUGCAUCUCACAAAAGCUGCUUUCUGGGGCUGCAUUUAAUGCGGCUGCCUUUCCUGAUGGUACGGCGCAUGUAUGGCAUUAUUAAGGAAGUGUGGGGCCCUCUCCACGUAGGGGGCCAAGUCCUUCCUCAAGGCCGAGUAGGGUGCAGUCGAAGAGGCACCCAGUUCAAACUGCUGGCUAGCAUCUGUUAUCGAGGGUGGUGGGGCGUCUGUGGCCCCUCCAGAAAGUGUCGCUGGGUUCCGACUCCUAUCAGCCCUUGCAGGCAGGAUGGCUGAUGGUCAGGGAAGGUGGGAAGCUGGAGUCCAGCAAUAUCCAGGGAGGGAGAGCGCACAUUUUGCCAACCCUAAACUUAAAUGUGCCCCAUUACUGAGGAAAGGUUAAGAUGGUCCUCCCUUUCUUGCCCUCUUUCCUACUGCCACCUCCUCGCUUCACCUUAGGGAGCAGAUCCUCGAUAUCCAAGGGCCCACUGUGCAUGUACAGUUUUUGGAGCAGCGCCUGCAUAAUUCACACCCCCACCCUCCCGUUAGCUUUCGGCAGAAGAUGGAGGCACCUUCCUUCUUCUGCAAGAAGGAGAAGAAGAGAAGAAACAGGAGAAGGAACAAGGGAUGGCAUUAAGCACUGAGGGAAAAGGGGGAAGGGGUUGAUCCAUCUGGCCUCUUGCUGCUUCAUUGGCCCCCGAAUCCAUGACAUGGAUCCAGUCAAAUCCAGUGGAGCUGACAGGAAAGCUUAUUCACCAGAACCGAGCUGGGCAAGGGGGACAGACAAGGCUGUUGGUUGCCAGCACUUAAAAACAAAAAAAGACCCUGUCAGGGGGGACGGGACAUUUAGAGGGCAAAAAAUGUGCCAGGCGACUUCCUUUACUGCCGCUUAGAGCUACACAGGAGCUUAGCUCUCCCUAGCAAGAAUCAUUGACAUGUAAGGAAUCCCAUAAGAAUAAUUUUCACGGUGAUGGCUUCGUGGCUGCUGUCUCCCCGGGAUCUUGUGUUGUGACCCUUUGGGAAGCGUCAGCCAAGGAGCUGGUCUCCUUUCUGAGGCUCUGAAGGCCCCAAGAUGGCUGUCCAACGGGCUCCCUCAAGCAAGCCAUAGGGCAGCAGCCCUACACAGGAGCCCCACCCCAGGGGCUCAGUAACCUCACUUUAGCCACCUUCCUCUGAUUGCCCAAGCUGUGCUAUUGAGCACCAGAGCAUGGAGAGGGGGCUGUAGCCUGUGGUGGACUAUCUCCCUUCAGGCCUUUUCUUGGGGGGAAAAAGGUCAAUGUGGUUGCUGUUUGGGUUGCUGCUGCUGCUGCUUCGCCUGUGUUGAGCUGCUCCAAGAAACAAAAUGGGAUCUCAUAGCAGUUGCGGUUUAGGGCAGGAGAUUUGGGGAGCUUAGCUCAAGCAUCUUAAGGGUUGAGAAGGCCAACAGUGCCUCUGAAAUGUUGUCGUUUGGGGCCAAAAAAUUUGCAGUAGUGAAAGGUCUGAACUUGGAGGCCAAGGAAAACAUUUGGGCCUGAUCCCCUCUUGACUCUCUCUUUUGAGCAUGAGGCUGCAAUUACUCGGCCUUAUUGAGGUGUCCCAAAGGGGCUGCGUGAAGCCCCCUCUGGAUCGAAGUUUGAAGCACCCUGUGGCCCAACUCUCUUUUUUAAAAACAAAGGAGAGAUUGCACACACCAAGUGACUUUUCCUCCCUGCUGUCUUCUUCAGGAGGUCAAGAAUUUAGUGCAUCCCAAAAAACCACUUCCAUAGCAGUUUCAAGAAUGGGGGAUGUGAAAUUCUUGAGGGAGAGAUGGGUAACUUUUGGGUAACUCUUCCGACUCAGUGUUGGGCCACAUUCAGAUUUCAAAAGCGUAUUACGAUGCCAGUUUAAACAGCCGUGGCUUCCCCAAAAGAAUCCUACCGUUUGUUAAGGGUACUGUGAGUUUUUUGGGGGACUCCCCUAUUCCCCUCCCAUAAUUCUGUGUGACGAGACGAUGGACUAUUAAACCACUCCAGGAAUUGUAGUUCUGAGGGGAAUGAGGGAUGGUGUCUCCUAACAACUCUCAGCACCCUCAACAUACUACGGUUCCCAGAAUCCUUUGAGGGAAGCCAUGGCUGCUCAAAGCGGCAUCAAGGUACUUUAAAUGUAUGUUGUGAUUGUGGCCUCAGUGGUGCCCAGCAACACCACGCCCAGGGAAAAUGGAACUGCUGAAGACGGAAACAAAAUGGCGGGUGCAAGCCCGGGACCUUCCAGAAAUGCACCACGCCCCUGUUCUCUCUGUCUCUCUGCUGGGCCUGCUGAUGUGUUUCUUUUUGUCUGCAUGCUGUGAAGUGUGGGGUGGAGGGUACUUUUUGUUUUUGCUCAAAAUUGCUGCAUUCUGAGGCAUUUUACUGCGGGAGGGUGGGAGGUGGAAUGAAGCUUUGCCUUGUAUCAUCAAUAAAUGUCAUUUACACAGAUCUGGCUGCCUGGUGGUGGUGCUUGUUCAGGAGGAGGGUGGGACAAGGCCCUAGACUUGCCAGAGCAGGGGACUGAGGAGCAAAUGCGGCCAGAACCCUGCCUAAUUAGCCCAUGUCUAAUGGCAGUGGCCUGAUUUAAAGACAGGCGUUUCCGCAGUGUGACAUUUCAUGUUUCAAGCAUGAAAAAUUGCCAGCACAGGCUCUACCUGCAUACCGGGGGCGAAAGCAGAAUCAAAAUAUCCCGUUAAUGUCGAAGGUGGAAUUUCCCUUGAACGUCAGGCUAGAAGGGCAACUUGUAUGCAUGUUAUGGGUAGCGUUCUGCGUUGCAAGUUAAACGCCAGCCUGUCCCACCUGCAUGCAUGCCUAUUUGCAGGGGACCAGGCGAGCUGUAAAAUGUGCUGCAAGGUGAUGCCUGAUGUUCAAGAUAUUCUAAUGGAACAUGGUGUGGAUAUUUGCAGUGCAGUUCUCAUCUUUGAAAUGUGGACAUCCAGAUCUGUCCUCACACCCAUUUUGCAGAAUUCCAGUGUUUGCAGAACAGGGAGGGGGGAGAUGUAAAACAGCAAGACAGUUCUCAAAAGUUUAAGCGGGAUCAGAAUUGGUUUACCCCUUGUAGGAAGUAGAGAUGUGAAGGUCAAGAAGAAGAACAAUAGUUUGGAUUUGAUAUCCCACUUUAUCACUACCCUAAGGAGUCUCAAAGUGGCUAACAGUCUCCUUUCCCAUCCUCCCCCACAACAAACACUCUGUGAGGUGAGUGAGGCUGAGAGACUUCAGAGAAGUGUGACUGGCCCAAGGUCACCCAGCAGCUGCAUGUGGAGGAGUGGGGAAGCGAACCCAGUUCACCAGAUUAUGAGUCUACUGCUCUUAACCACUACACCAGAAAAAAAAAAUGGAGGGUGGGUCCCAAUCCCACUGGCUUUCGGUGGUUCUGAGAUCUCUGCUCCCUGCAUUCCUUCCCCCCCCCCCCCGUUCAGGAAUUCUGGGGUUUUUUAGGAGGGUGUCAGAGGAAGAACUUCCUGCCCUCAGUGAGCUGGCAAUUAGCUGCGUGUUGGGCAUGAUUUGGAAGGCGGUUGCACUCAGAUCAGAGACUGGCGCAGGGAAGCAACGGUGAGCCUCCUCUGAAGUCUGGAAAUCCCGCUUUGUUUCUUGUUAGGCAGCGAAUGAAUAACCCGGCCCCACACUGCAAUGACUCCCCCCUCCCA